ACUCUGGCCACAGCUGCUGAGAACUUCCAGAUGGAACACCAGUGGAAGGAUGAGUAUGCGGUAAAACUCUGAUUCUACUUAUAACCAACAUUACAUUUACAUGAUAUACUGUAGGUGUAACUCGCCCCGCCCAUCACCAAUGUGUAGUAAGAAUGUGGCCGAUGUGUGUCAGCUGUUUAGUACUGGAACACUCACUACUCAUUGGCUGAGAGACGGCAACCUCAGAUGACCUUACUGUACAUGGUGUUCUCUCACUGCUCUCUUUAUGGGCUAGAGAGGAGGGAAGAUAGGGUUUCAACACACACACCAGUGUUUCCCCUAGGAUUUUCUUCAGCAGUGGUGGCAAGUUAGCGGGGUUAGCUAAAUUAAUAAAGGGUAAACACUGUACACACACACACACAAUCACACACACAUACAAAGACACACAUACAUGCACUCACUCACACACACAUUCAUCCUGUUUAAUAGUUGAACAAGACCAAUAUGGUUUGUUGAUGUUAAAAAAUGAACUGUUAUCAUUCAUUCCAUAUUAUGGGCCAUUAAACCACGUAUGUCCACAGAUGGCCUCUACCUAAGUACCUCUCUCUCUCUUUCUUUCUCUCUCUCUCUCAAAUACACUUACACACAUACAUACACGCACACACACACACACACACACACACACACACACACACACACACACACACACACACACACACACACACAUACACACACACACACACACACACACACACACACACACACACACACACACACACACACACAUGCUCACUAAGAUAUUUGUAUUAUUUGUUUCAGGAUGGUGACAUUGUUUACUACAAUGCAAAGGACAAUGUGAGUAUUUUUCUUCCUUCUCUAACACAUGAUUCUCACAUAGAGCUGAAUCUAUAAUCAACCCACAAUCUCAGAUACAGACUGGUGGUUUGGUCUAGGACAGCCCCCCCCCCCUCUCUUUCUUUCUCAUUCUCUUUCUCACUCUCACUCUUUUCCUGUCCCUGUCAACCCUCUUUGCUCUCCUUCUUUUCCCAACCCUCUUUGCUCUCCUUCAUCCCUCACACCUCCCUCUCUCCCUCCCUCUCUCCCCUCCUCUCUCCCUUCCUGUCUUAACACCCCUUUCCCCCUCCUCCUCCUUUCUCUCAGGUGAAGAGGUCCCUGGUGUGCUUCUACUAAUUGACAGCUGAGAUGUAUGAGCUGCAACUGUUGCUUUAUUAUGAGACUCUUCCUAUUCCCCUUCCCCUCUUCUAUCUCUCUCUAUCUCUCUCUCUCUCUCUCUCUCUCUCUCUCUCUCUCGUCUCCUCUCUCUCUCUCUCUCUCGACUCCUCUCUCUCUCUCUCUCUCUCUCUCUCUCUCUCUCUCUCUCUCUCUCUCUCUCUCUCGUUCUCCCUAAUCUCUCUGUCCCUCUCCCUCUCUCCCAUUGAUGUGAAUUGGUGAACGCACUAUUGGAGAUAUCCAUCAAGCUGUGUCUCCUCUCCUUUAAUAGUAGGCUGUAUGAGGAAGACAUGUGUCAUGUUAAUCCACAGAGGUUGGUACAGGCAGUUUUAGCCUUGAAGCUGAGGCCGGUUUAACCCAGCUUACUCCACAGCAUUACUUCCUCUUAACCAGUGUAGUAUAGAACCACUACACAGGCAUCUAAUGAUGGACAGCUGUUUAGCACAGUAUCCUGAUAGAAAUGGACAUGUAAAUCUAAUCUAUUAGGCUCCCUGUUACAUACAGAUCCAGACAGUCUAACAGUGGACAUAGGUUGUCUGUUCUAAAUCACUGUCUGACACACUCCUUUUCCCCUCUCUUCUCCUCUCCCCUAGUUGGAGGUGAAUGAGACAGAGGGUAGGAAGAACCGGAUCAGGCCAGCCUUUAAGGAAGAUAUGCUGUUUAAACGCCUCACCUCUCACAACCACACUGCUGUCCACAUCCCUACUGACAUCUACGAUGGCUGUGAGUACACGUACAUACACAGUGUAACCAUGGAUACGAUACACAUACAAAUCCCUAGAGAAAUGGUACCUUUAAUAACAGUAGAGCAACAUUAUUAUAUUUGUUCAUAACAGUAGAGCAACAUUAUUGUAUUUGUUCUUUAUGUGUUUUAACCUGAAAAAGGACCAUGAUAUAAUAACAUAUGCAAUUUAGCUUUUAUCCAAAGCAACUUACAGUCAUGCGUGCAUACAUUUUAUAUAUGGGUGGCCCUGGGAAUUGAACCCACAGUCCUGGCAUUGCAAGUGCCAUGCUCUACCAACUGAGCCAUACAGGUCCUUGGGGUCUUGGAAAGUGUUCUAUUGAUAAUCUGUAUUGUUCAGACAUACAACAUUCUCCCUAUGGAGACAACUUCCACACAUGACAGCAUGUCCUAUCCCUGUUGUCUGCACUCAUCCAUAAUAUUUAAGGGACUUAUGUAUACUAUAUACUAGAUACUAUACUGGGUAGGGUACAGUACAGUGGCGGUCAGUUCCGUUUAAGAUGAGGGAGGACUUUUUUUUUUUUUUCAUGAGCAUGGCCUUACUUCUAUUACAGCAUAUUGGAUGACUGUCAUUCAUAUUCCAUUCACACAGUUCAAUGUAACAGCGAUAGGUGUAGGCUACUACAUGAUACUCACAUUUUCCCUAUACCCAUCAUGAGGUUGCCACAACCUAGCCUAUGAAUGAAAGUUUACAACAUAGGAACACACAGGUCAGACAGUGACACAUUCAAUACCCCCUUGCACAUGCUUGCCUGCAUCUAGCUGAUAUAGGGUGUAAUCAUUAGUUCAACAGUUGCAAACAAGAGUUUCUAUUGGACAAAUUCAGGUGGGUUCAUCCCAGUUUGGUUCCGUUUGCUUCCAUUUAAGAAAGGUUUUUCAACAGAAUCGGCGGAAUGAAUACACUCCUGAUCACGUAAACACAGUUCACUUUCAUAGCAGCCACGUUGUAUUCCGUCACGCAUCUAUGCUCCUCUCACCUUGUCCCUUCGCUUGUGGAUUUCAAUGCACAACACAUCAGCUGUAUGUGACCAGGCGAAAAAACCUUUCCAAGCCAAACCAUAUCAUAACUGCUACACAUAGCCUACAUCGUUGUCACUAUAUGCGUUAGUAAACCCGCUACAAUCAUUCAGUAAAGUUACAGUGUACAGUCAGUAAGCAGUUACAAUUAGUAAAACCAAAAGCUUACCUUAACUUGGAAGAGUUCCAGUGUUGUGUUGGAUAGUCAUAGCCAGCUAGCUAACAUAGCAUCUCUCUGUUUGAGUAGGGUGUUUGAGUAGGCUAAACUAGCUAGCUGCAUUUGCUAGCUAAGUAAGUGGGGAAAAAAAGAAACAAAAUCUCUCUCUUGCUUCUCCUUCCGAAUGAAUUUGUUAAAAACUGUUCAACUAUUGUCUUCUCACUCUCUUUGAGUCAACUACCCACCACAUUUGUAUUGAAGUCAAUGUACCCAGAGGAGGACGGAAGCUAGCUGUCCUCCGGCUAUACCAUGGUGCUACCCUAUAGAGUGCUGUUGAGGCUACUGUAGGCCUUCAUUGCAAAAUAGUGUGUUUUAAUCAAUUAUUUGGUGACGUGAUAAUAUUUAGCAUAGUUUUAUCUAAAAAAUGAUAACUUUUUAAAUGUUAUUAAAAAAAAAACAUUUUUAUGAAAUUCACUGAGGAAGAUGGUCCUCACCUUCCUCCUCUGAGGAGCCUCCACUGGUACAGUAUGUGGUACAGUUGGUUUGCUAGUUGGUUGGUGUGAUAGAGUACCACAGUAUAAGUCAUAAUACCCAUAAAACCUAGCAGUCAAACAAGGAAAUGGUUCCAAUCAUUUUUCCACCAUUCAUUUUAGAAACACUUAAGAUGAGGGCUGUGUUUCGUGUAGGCUUACCCUGGCUUGACGUUUUGAUAACCGUGUAAAUCUCUCUAGGGCAAGGUGACUUUUUCCCUGUUUGACCGCUAGGUUUAAUGGGUAUUAUGACACCUCCACUGUGGGGCUCUUUUGGGUUGGUUGGUAGCAUUGUGUUUUCACUGGUAUUUACUUGCUGUCUAAAUGCUGGUUCUCCUGAGUCCUUCUGACAUUAGCUCUGUCUGUUUUGUCUAAUAUUGAUGGGUGUGCUUCUGCUUUCUGUGUGUGUUCAUAUGUGUGUGAUUAGACUUGCUUGCGUGUUUGUGCGUGCGCUAGGUCAUUAGCGUGUAGUGUGUUGUGUCAGCCCUCACACUGAGAGGCAGCAGGAUGGAGUCACUCCUUCAGCAUGCCCCUCAGCCUUCUGGGUUAGCAUCUGGGACCAAGGUUACCCACUACUGACCACACAGAGAGGGAGUGGGUGCAUGUGGGAAAUUAGUGUGUGUGCGUACAGGUGUCCGCAUUAGCUAGGGUGCUAGCAUGUGUGUGUAUCUUGUCCUUUUCCAGACUAUUUGCUGGCUGCGGUCGGGGAUUGGUUCCUCCCGCUCUCUUUGGGGAAGGCUUGUGAUUGGUGGACCGUAAUUAGUAUGUGUCAGCCCAAUGUGCUUCUAGGUAAUAGUAUGAGUUUGGGUCUCACCUAGAGAGGGAGAGAGGCAGAGAAAGAGAGAGCUUUAUUUAAUGUCCUUGGAAGAUGAUUGGUUGUUUAGUAGGCACACAUAGCUGACCUGACCAAUAUUGCUAUUCAAAAUCAUAGAAAUCAGAAAACCCAAUAAUCCAUGCGUUCUGAGAAUGCUAUAAAGUCCAAAAGUUAUGGGCAGAGUUAGAAAGUUGGCUGUCAGAAGUAUUACAAUGUAAAUUUACUUUUAAUCUGCCUGUCUGCAUAUUUCAAGCCAUGGCAUAUGAGGGUGCAGUGAGAUACCCGAUGGGUUGGACACUACUUUUCUCAUCAAGAACACAAUGGAAACACAAUGGAAAGGUCAAAUGCUUUAUUAUCUAAGUGUUGAAAGUGCGUGGGCGAUGGAGAGAAAAAAAAUUGUGCAGUUUGAGGCCAUGUGGUAGAGAGUGAUGCGAACCCUGGAGAUGGGGGUGUGAUCGUGUGAGUCCCUUUAAAUAUUAUGGAUGAGUGCAGCAAACAGGUAGAGGACAUGCUGUCAUGUGUGGAUGUUGUUUCCCAUGUCAUUGAUGUUUGUUUGCAUCUGUAUGCUGUCAUUUGUAUGCAUAUGUUUCGUACAAAAAAAAAGACAUUGGAAAACCCAAGGUCUUCUCUUCUGUAGAGUAUUGUUCUGCUGAGAGAGAGACGGAGGCAGAGACAGACACACACAGACAGACAGACAGCGAGAGAGAGAGAGCAAGAGCGAGAGAGAGAGAGAGAGCGACAACCAGAUAGCAGAUUCAUACGUGAGUGAGGUUCCAACUGUUCAAUUGGACCCAGAGUCCAAAAAGCCUCCAGGAAUAGGCCAGGGCUGGCCUCGCUCUGGGGGGAAAAUGUGAUUUUCCAGUCGAGAGGGAGCAGCACAUUUAGGAAAUCAGCCUUCCUGGUGGAAGCGAUGGAUGAAUGUGUGUGUGUGUGUGUGCGUAUUCAUCGUCCCUGAUGGGAGACGUAGAAACAGAAUGUUGAGAAUAUUAGAACAGACAUGACUAACAGAGCUGGAAAACCACACCUCAUCUACCUCACAAAUGAGCGGGAGAGAGGGAAGGAGAGAGAGGGAAGGAGAGAGAGAGGGAGACGGCGCAUAAAAUAAUCUAUGAAUUCACUAAUGGGCAGGAGCCAUAUUCAGAGCUCCCAUUGCUGCCUUAGAAAAUGUUAAACAUGCAAUCUAAUACAGAAACAUCUUGAGGCUCACCCUCUUGAUCAUCUAUUGUCACCUCUACGCUGAACUUACAGAAACAUGCUCCAGCAUUGGCAGUGUUUUCUUUCCCAAUAUGCUGCAGAACUAAACAUUUGACAUGUUGUAAUACUUGAUAUAAGUUUGUUAUACUUGAUAUUACCUUGGUUAGGCACAAACUAACCAAUGGAAUAGUCUGAGGUGUGGCUGAACUAUGAACUUAAAGAGGCAAAGAUGGAAUGUCUCCUGAGUGGCGCAGUGGUCUAAGGCACUGCAUCGCAGUGCUAGCUGUGCCACUAGAGAUCCUGGUUCGAAUCCAGGCUCUGUCGUAGCCGGCCGUGACCGGGAGACCCAUGGGGCGGCGCGCAAUUGGCCCAGCGUCGUCCAGGGUAGGGGAGGGAAUGGCCGGCAGGGGUGUAGCUCAGUUGAUAGAGCAGGGCGUUUGCAACGCCAGGGUUGUGGGUUCGAUUCCCACAGGGGGUAUGAAAAAAAUAAUAAUAAUGUAAGUCGCUCUGGAUAAGAGUGUCUGUGGACUGUGGUUGUAUAUCACACAGAGAGAGACAGCCACUGUAGCCACAUUAAUUCAGAUCACAUCCCCACAAUGCAAGAUAUGAAUGUAAUGUUUCUAUAAUGAUGCCCCACACACACACAGCUCUGGCAGCUCUAGCUUCAUUAUCUUUCUCACUCUAGAGGUAGCUAUAUAUGCAAAUGAAUUGUGUUUUCUUUACACACAAAUAAGACACGUCACACCCAAAUACAGGAGACAGAUCGAUCGGCUGAUCAGGAGCGAGCGAUCGACUAUCGAGUCUAGCUAUCGAAGGGAGCUAGGAUACGAGCUGAGUUAUGCGAGCGAGCUAUGCGAGUCGGAGCUAUGCAUCUAGGCUAUCUAUCUAUCUAUCUAUCUAUCUAUCUAUCUAUCUAUCUAUCUAUCUAUCUAUCUAUCUAUCUAUCUAUCUAUCUAUCUAUCUAUCUAUCUCUCACACACACACACACGUGUACACACUCAGAGAGAGUGUGAGAGAGGGUGGAGGUGGGGGGGGGAGAGAAGGAGAUAGAUGGAAAGAUGGAUGGAGGUGUGUGUGUGUGUGUGUGUGUGGUCCAUUCAUCAUAGUGUGUGUGAUGUGACAGCGGUCUGGUCUCUCAGCUGUCUGUGUCUGUGUCAUUACAUUCAUAAUGCCUGUUCCCUCCCACAACAGAGCAUCCAUCACACACACACGCACGCACGCACGCACGCACGCACACACACACACACACACACACACACACACAGGAAAGGACUCAUCCAUCACUCUUCUCUCUUCUCCACUCACCACCUGUGUCAGUCCACCUACCUCUCAUAUCCUCCUCAGUGUGGAUCAGAACCUCAAGCUGUUUUACACACACACACACACAAGAGAGAGAAGGCUAUCCAUCAAACAGGCAAUAAGUGGACCCUCGAGCUACAGGAGAGGGAGGAAGGACAGAGAGGAGGGAGAGAGAGAUUAAGAGAAAGAAGGGAAGCAAUUGGGGUGAAGUUAAGCAACCAGUUGCCUAGACUGUGACUGACUAUUAGGGAUGGGCAUUUGACAUUUUUUGACUGUACUCGAGUACUCGAAUGAAAAUGAAAAUCUAUUUUUAGAACACAAGUCCUGCACUGGAAAUAAAUAUGUGCAUUUAUCUGUAUGCCAACAGCACGCUACAAUGCCUAAUUUAUCAUAACCAUUACAGAUAACAAAUUCUAAUUGCUAAAUUGCCCCAUAUAUAUUCAGUCAAUAAAAAACAAGAGCCCUUUGAGAAUCAUUAAUUUAAACUAUAAUGAGCUGAGUUACCUACUCGGAUCUAGAGGCGUCACAGCUGCACUUUGCAGUGGCAAAAUAUAUUAUGCGUGAUUGCUGCUGCUGCUUGUCCCGCUCCGAGAAUGUUUCUUUGUGUUUGGUAAGCAUAUGAUUUGUCAUGGAGCUAGUUGUAAUUUCUGAUCGGCAUCAGACACAUUGUGUGCUUCAGUUGCACUUCUCCACUUGGAUGAGAAUUCACAAACUUCUAUCAGCAGACAGUGCUCUGACUGAUGUGUAGCUACUUUUCUCAGUGUAGCCUCCUUUUCUCUGGUAAAAUGCAAGAUUAACUUCAAGCAAAACAUUAGAUAAGGAAAUGUAGCUGGCUACAUUCUUUCUAUUAUAACCAUUAGAAAUAUGAUGGCCAUGCAUUGUUUUAGCAAAUAAUGACCAUGCUUUUUAAUUGUAAGCCCAUUUACUUGUGUGGCUGCUAGCCAAAUAGCGUUGCACUUCUGUUGUGAUCUGAUGACAAUGAAGCUUUUUCUGAAGAAUGUGUUGCAUGAAUGUAUUUUCUGUAAGUGAAAACUAUAGUUGCACGCCCCUGAUCACUCUAUUGAAGCAAAAAACAACACUGACCUUCUAAUCAAAACGCAGGUGAAAUGGUUUAAAACACAGUUUUUUGAUGUUCUGCGAUUUGAAAAUGCAGAUUUCUGAACUCUAAAGGUGUCAGCAUGCUUCAGUUCGGCUGGCGCCCAGCCGAACUCGGCUAGCCGAACCGAACGAGUGGUUGCAUACUCCCUUAAAAGACAUUCGCUUGAAAAACAUGAAAAAAGUGGCAAUAGUACUGUUUGUCCAUUUUGAGAAUCCGUAGCCAGUAUACACUUCCUCAAACUAGUCAGAAUUAAUCUAAGAUAACUCAAGAAAUCUGUCAUAAAUGUUGAUGUUUUUGCCGAUAAGAUCUUAGUCACGCAAUUUUACAUCUAACUAAGAUGUUUUUAAGUAUUAUUCAAUGAAAGAGUUUGCAUGAAAACGAGUCGUCUCUUGUUGAAUGACCGACAAAGGGGCGUAGACUUCAGCUCCGACUUUCGGCUUGCCUCCAGAAAAACAUGUGUUUACCCAAACAGCCGAAAAACCCCUCACUGAAGUCCAAAACAAACAAAAAAACUUCACAAAAUGUCAUCAUAAUAUGUGCACAAACUCGAAACAGCAUCCGUGUCUAGCGCCUUGUCGUAUUUGAAAAAAUGUGGAUCUCUGGUUAAAGAUUGAUUUUUGACAUUCAUUAGAGUACUCAAGUACUCGAUUACUCAUGCACUUCCCUAAUGAUUAUAAUGACAUAGAUUGUGAAUGAUAUGACCAAUAUGUUGUUCUUUUCAUCUGGUUAGCCUCUUCCCUGGUGGUGUGGAUGACUCAGCUCAGUCAGGGUUGGGAUAACCUCUCUGAUAGCUCUAUUUAUACACACACACACACACACACACACACACACACACACACACACACACACACACACACACACACACACACACACACACACACAGUAUUGUAUAACUAACCUUGUGGGGACACACAAUUCAGUCCCAUUCAAAAUCCUAAUUUUACAUAACCCUAACAAAAUGUCCCCACAAGUAUAGUUAAACACGUCCGCGCUGGCGUUCCUGUGUCUCCUGGGGUAAAGUGAAAAAUGGUUGAAUUAGUUAGUCAGGACUAAAUGCUAGCCCUUUGACACAGUCAGUUAUUGCUUUGGGGGGUGAGAUGGUGUAAUAUUUGCCCAUGUCUUCAGUGUGAGAGGGAUGGAAGAGGGAGAGGGAUGGAGAGUGGGCGUGUGUCUGCAUGUUAAUGAAUCUCCUGUCUGAGGAACCAGUCUGCAGCUUUAUCUCUCUAUAGAGGCAUUUUCAUCUGGAACUGUUUUGUCAAGAUCUGUUUUUGCGUUAGCCAACUCCUAUGUUUGUUCGUUUUAAUGCCAAUGUCAUGUUUGGCAUGACAAGGAGUUGGCAUUUGUGUGAAAGAAAGAUGGAUGGAGAAGAGAGAGAUGUGUGCGGGUCUGUGUGUCUAAUCCUUGUGUAAGAGUGUGUGCAUAUUGGUGUAUCUGUGAAUCGUUGACACAGUUCAGUGCUCUGCUUAGCUUAGUUCUCUUACACUGCACCCCUCUGUCUCGCAUGCUCAUGAAUAUAACACACACACACACGCACACACACCCCUCCUGUUUUCAGAUCAUUCAUCUCUCCUCAUGAAUGUGUUUAGUUAAAUAUGACAGCUCAGACUGGGUUCAACUAUGUUCUGCCACCUCUGGUCUCUUGGCCCUACCACCCCUAUGGGAGGGCAGCUCCCACUCAUCCCAGUCCAAGCUCUUCUCUGUCCUGGCACCCCAAUGGUGGAACCAGCUUCCCUCUGAAUUUAGGACAGCAGAGUCCCUGCCCAUCUUCCGAAAGCACCUGAACAUCUACCUCUUCAAACAGUAUCUUAAAAAAUCCCACAGCACCCCCCCUCGCACCACUUCCACUUCCUUUUUUCCCCCCUUACUAGCUUUGACUUUGCUGAUAGCUACUUUAUUGAAGAAAAUGUACUUACUAUGACUGUGAUAUGUGGAUGUCCCACCUAGCUAGUUUAAGAUGAAUGCACUAACUGUAAAUCACUCUGGAUAAGACUAAAACAUGUAAAUGUAAAAAUGCAAUGUUUCUACAUUACUCUUUUCACACUAUUAAUCCAUUUGUUGGUGGCAUUGUGAAUUGUAAUCUUAAUCCAACAUCAAUCUGUUUUGUGUGUGUGUGUGUGUGUGUGUGUAGCCACCAUCGUGCUGAAUGAGUUGAACUGGACGGAGGCGCUGGAGGAUGUGUUUAAGAAGAACAGAGAGGAUGACCCUACUCUGCUCUGGCAGGUGUUUGGUAGUGCUACUGGACUGGCCCGAUACUACCCAGGUAACAAACACACACACACACACACACACACACACACACACACACACACACACACACACACACACACACACACAUACACACAUUGAGGCUAUAUUAUCAUUGUUAAGUUACUGUGUCCCUGUAGCUUACUGUAUCCUAGUUUCUACUAGUUUGUUUAUACUGUAAGCAUAUAAACAGAGUCACAAUUCUUCCAUGGUUUCUAUAUUUAAUAUAAAGCCUUUACAUAAAGCAUUAAUCUAGAUAGGCGCUAGACUGUAUGCAUUAAAAAGGAUGUCUAUGAUAGUGGUUGUAGUCACUGGUUGUUUCUGAACUCUACUUCAUACUGUAGCAGGUGGGUGUAUCAUAUAGGCGUUAUGAAACAACAACCAUCUUUGUUAGACUUAAUCAAAGAGUCACAUUGUCACAAAUGCAUACAUUUCAUACUAUUCUACUUUACUAUUUGUUCCAUGGUUUCAGUGUUAAAUAGGGUAUUUAAGUAUAUAUCAGUUUGGAUAGUAAACUGUUUAUUGUAGGGAUUCUAACCCAGUUCCACAGUACAGUAUUGUUGUUAACCCAGACUCUGUGUCCUCUCCAGCCUCUCCAUGGAUGGAUGCUCGGAAGACCCCCAGUAAGAUUGACCUGUACGACGUACGCAGGAGACCCUGGUGAGAAACCGCUCUCUCUCUCACAUGCAUUCAUGCACACCAGAAAACAGAUUCUCUAUGCAAAAUAAAUAUGUAUAAGAGUUCAUAACCAUUGUAUGCACUGUGAGUAUGUGUAUAACCUCUGUGUGUAUGUGCUGUGUGAAGGUACAUUCAGGGAGCUGCCUCACCCAAGGAUAUGUUGAUCCUAGUGGACGCGUGAGUCACAACACACACUUCACUAUUACACUACCGCACAGUAACACUAUACCCUACUAUCUAAACAUAGUACAGUAUACCAGAGUAUUGUACCUCCCUGUUGUCUGGUCUGACCAUAAUUCUUAUUCUGUGGUUUGAAUGUAACUGUGUAAAUGUCUCUAUAGGAGUGGCAGUGUGUCUGGUCUGACUCUGAAGCUGAUCAGGACCUCUGUCGGUGAGAUGCUAGAGACUCUGUCUGAUGAUGACUAUGUCAACGUGGUCUAUGUAAGUAAAUAUACAUUAAUUAAUUGAGAGAGAGAGAGAGAGAGAGAGAGAGAGAGAGAGAGAGAGAGAGAGAGAGAGAGAGAGAGAGAGAGAGAGAGAGAGAGAGGGGGUGGUUGAGAAGUAAUGAAAUAUGGAUUUCUCCAGUGUUGGCCUCUCUCUUUAAAACAGGCCAGUAAUGAAAUGCCCUCUGCUCAAUUUGGGGAGUGGGAUCACAACUACCCUGUACACCCAGGACCACUCAGUGUGUGUGUGUGUUAAACCCCCCACUACACCAGCCCCAGAGAACUACGUGAAAUACUUAUCCAUCACUCUCUUUCCUCUCUCUCUUUAUCUCUCAAAUAUGAACUCAGAUUACAAUCAACUAGAACCAAUUGAGAACAAUAUAACCCUGGUUGAACCCAAUGGUUGACAACAACACUAAUAUGUUAAUGCCACAUGUUUAACAACACGAAUGCACCAUGUCUACAGUAAGGCAUUCUACAGUUGUGUAGAAUGCCUUACACUGAGAAACCAGUUUCAGUCUCCAACACUGUGGUGAUGUAAGACUGGAAUAUUGUCUAUUGGUUUAUUUGGAUCCCCAUUAACUUUUGCAGAAGCAUCAGCUAUUCUUCCUGGGGUCCACAAAAACCCCACAACAUGACAAGUAACAAAGCAAUGAUACACUGAUAGACAAGAACAGUCACACACAUUUUUAAUACAAAGAUAUACAAACAAUACAACAACAAAAAUAAUACAAACAAUACAACUAAAAACGAAUGUGUGUGUUACAGUGUGUCUAUGUGUCCCCUCACAGUCCCCGCCGUUCAAUGAUAUGUUUCCAUUAUCUGUUAUUGGAUUACUUUAAAUCAACUGGUACAGAUGGUGUCCCCCUAGUACCACUAUACCAGCAUAAGCGCGUACACACACACACACACACACACACCAUCCUCCUGUCCUGUGGGUAUUGUAACCUGACACUAAUUAAUUCAUCUCUAAUAUUACCAAUACAUCCUUGUUCAUUAACAGCAGCCUAGGGACUAAACUGACAUUUGGACACACACACAUCCCUAAUGUUAUUGGGAUGUCAGACAAAUACAGAUAUCUUUGUCUUAGUGUGUGUGUGUCCAGCUCUUUUCUCUUGCCAGUUCAGUGUUGCUAGCUAGCCAGUUGCAGCUAGGCGGUCCUGUGGUCUAAGUGAACAGGGAGGCUGUAUAGAGCCUCUGCUGGGAUUAGGGACUAGAGAUUAGCUGUCUGCUCAGUGUCAUCUGUAAUCCAACCCAAAAAACAUGCUAUUAGCGAUAGCUAUAGAGAAGAGAGAUAGGAGAGAGGAGAGAGAGAGAUGAGAGAUAGCGAGAGAGAGAGAAGAUAGGAGAGAGAGAGAGAGAGAGAGAGGAGAGAGAGAGAGAAGAGAGCUCUCUCUCUCUCUCUUCUCUCUCUCUCUCUCUCUUCUCUCUCCUCUCUCUCUCUCUCUCUCUCUGUCUCUCUCUCUCUGUAUCUCCUCUCUUCUCUCUCUCUCUCUCUCUCUCUCUCUCUCUUCCUCUCUCUGUCUCACUCACACACACACCACACACACACACACACACACACACACACACACACACACAUGGGGCUCAGCUAAUAAGAUGACAGGGGAACAAGGGAAUUACAUACAAACACACUGAAACGCAUUCAUAAUGGACAUACAAAAUAUACAGUGUAGAUACACUACCGUUCAAAAGUUUGGGGUCACUUAGAAAUGUCUUUGUUUUCGAAAGAAAAGCAAUUUUUUUGUCCAUUAAAAUAACAUAACAUUUAUCAGAAAUACAGUGUAGACAUUGUUAAUGUUGUAAAUGGCUAUUGUAGCUGGAAUCGGCAGAUGUUUUAUGGAAUAUCUGCAAAGGCGUACAGAGGCCCAUUAUCAGCAACCAUCUGUCCUGUGUUCCAAUGGCACGUUGUGUUUGCUAAUCCAAGUUUAUCAUUUUAAAAGGCUAAUUGAUCAUUAGAAAACCAUUUCGCAAUUAUGUUAGCACAGCUAAAAACUGUUGUGUUGAUUAAAGUGGCAAUAAAACUGGCCUUCUUGAGACUGCAAUUGUGGGUUCGAUUACAGAAAUGAAGGCAAUUCCAUGCGAGAAAUUGCCAAGAAACUGAAGAUCUCGUACAACGCUGUGUACUACUCCCUUCACAGAACAGCGCAAACUGGCUCUAACCAGAAUAGAAAGAGGAGUGGGAGGCCCCGGUGCACAACUGAGCAAGAGGACAAAUACAUUAGAGUGUCUAAUUUGAGAAACAGAAGCCUCAUUGGUCCUCAACUGGCAGCUUCAUUAAAUAGUACCCACAAAACACCAGUGUCAACGUCAACAGUGAAUAGGCGACUCCGGGAUGCUGACCUAGGCAGAGUUGCAAAGAAAAAGCCAUAUCUCAAACUGGCCAAUAAAAAGAUUAAGAUGGGCAGUCUGAGAUAUGGCUUUUUCUUUGCAACUCUGCCUAGAAGGUCAGCAUCCCGGAGUCGCCUCUUCACUGUUGACGUUGAGACUGGUGUUUUGCGGGUACUAUUUAAUGAAGCUGCCAGUUGAGGAUCUGUGAGGCACCUGUUUCUCAAACUAGACACUCUAAUGUAUUUGUCCUCUUGCUCAGUUGUGCUCAUUGUAGAAUAAUAGUGAAGACAUCAAAACUAUGAAAUAACACAUAUGGAAUCAUGUAGUAACCAACACAGUGUUAUAUAUAUUUGAGAUUCUUCAAAUAGCCACCAUUUGCCUUGAUGACAGCUUUGCACUCCAUUGGCAUUAUCUCAACCAGCUUCACCUAGAAUGAUUUUCUAACAGUCUUGAAGGAGUUCCCACAUAUGCUGAGCACUUGUUGACUGUUUUUCCUUCACUCUGCCAUCCGACUCAUCCCAAACCAUCUCAAUUGGGUUGAGGUCGGGGGAUUGUGGAGGCCAAUUUAUCUGAUGCAGCACUCUGUCACUCUCCUUCUUGGUAAAAUAGCCCUUACACAGCCUGGAGGUGUGUUGGCUCAUUGUCCUGUUGAAAAACAAAUGAUAGUCCCACUAAGCCCAAACCAGAUGGGACGGCUUAUCGCUGCAGAAUGCUGUGGUAGCCAUGCUGGUUAAGUGUGCCUUGAAUUCUAAAUAAAUCACAGAUAGUGUCACCAGCAAAGCACCCCCACACCAUAACACCUACUCCUCCAUGCUUUACGGUGGGAACCUCACAUGCGGAGAUCAUCCAUUCACCCACACCGCAUCUCACAAAGACAUGGCGGUUGGAACCAAAAAUCUCAAAUUAUGACUCCAGACUAAAGGACACAUUUCCACCGGUCUAAUGUCCAUUGCUCGUGUUUCUUGGCCCAAGCAAGUCUCUUCUUCUUAUUGGUGUCCUUUAGUAGUGGUUUCUUUGCAGUAAUUCGACCAUAAAAUCCUGAUUCACACAGUCCCCUCUGAACAGUUGAUGCUGAGAUAUGUCUUUGACAUGAACUCUGUGAAGCAUUUAUUUGGGCUGCAAUUUCUGAGGCUGGUAACUCUAAUGUACGUAUCCUCUGCAGCAGAGGUAACUCUGGGUCUUCCAUUCCUGUGGCGGUCCUCAUGAGAGCCAGUUUCAUCAUAGCGCUUGAUGGAUUUUGUGACUGCAAGAAACUUUCAAAGUCUGUGAAAUGUUCCAUAUUGACUGACCUUCAUGUCUUAAAGUAAUGAUGGACUGUCGUUUCUCUUUGCUAAUUUGAGCUGUUCUUACCCUAAUAUGGAUUUUGUCUUUUAACAAAUAGGGCUAUCUUCUGUAUAACCCCCUUACCUUGUCAGAACACAACUGAUUGGCUCAAACGCAUUAAGAAGGAAAGAAAUUCCACAAAUUAACUUUUAAGAAGGCACACCUGUUAAUUGAAAUGUAUUCCAGGUGACUACCUCAUGAAGCUGGUUGAGAGAAUGCCAAGAGUGUGCAAAGCUGUCAUCAAGGCAAAGGGUGACUAUUUGAAGAAUCUCAAAAAAUAUAUAUAUUUUGAUCUGUUUAACACGUUUUUGGUUACUACAUGAUUCUAUAUGUGUUAUUUCAUAGUUUUGAUGUCUUCACUAUUAUUCUACAAUGUAGAAAAUAGUUGUUGUUUUUUUAAAUAAAAAAAACUGGAAUGAUUAGGUGUUUCCAAACUUUUGACUGGUACUGUAUAUAUAUUUGCAUUUUUGUCAUUUAGCAGACGCUCCCUUGGAGUGCCAGAUGGGCGGGUUUGCACUUCCAUUGGUUCCAUUCUGCCACGCAAGCUCAAUCAAGCGCAGCUAAAGUCUGGGAUAUACUACCCCUUGAAAUGUUUUCAUCUACAUGAAUACUCAGCAUGCCCACCAAAUUGUCGGAUGCACUGGAUUAGGCUAUGAAGUAUCUCCUAGCAUGAAUUAAUUAGACCCAUAUGGAAGAUAAAUAUUGUCUCAUUUACACACCUCCUCUCUCUCAUCCUCUCCCUUUCUCCUUUCUUCCUCAUACUUUUUCUUUCUCUUCCUCCCACCCUUCUUCUCACCCUCCUCUCCUCUCCUUUUAAUAGAUUUGGUGAUAAAAGAUCACAUUAUAGUUUGUGUGUGUGUGUAUCCAUGCUGUCUCCUAAGCUCAGUCUUCAUGUCAGGCAAGCGAAGCCAUGAAAUUGCCUUCCAGUCUAAGUGGUGGCUCUGUCACUCAGUUAGAAACAUCAAAGUUGUCACACAGAUGCAGAUAAACACACACACACACACACACACGCACACACUCACUCACACACACACAAACUCACACACACACAUUCACGCACAUGCCCAGUCAGAUUCUGCUAGUCUCCAUGGAUGCAUGUAUCUGCUGUCCCCAUUGGCUGAUUAACAGAGGCACAUUGAUUGGUUCAGAUUGAUGGGUUGCAGCACUGUUUAGAAAGACAAUACAGCCAACAGUUGUACAAUGGCUAUUAUCUCUGCAUCAUAUUAUUACUAUGAUCAAAACAGUGAUAGUGUUUUGGUGUGUGUCAGUAAGUCUGACUUAUAUCUGUAACAGGUACAAUACAUCUGCUCAGGUCUCAGAGCACUCAAUCUGGAGCAUCUGUUGACUUGGAUGCCAAGGCCGGUGUGUGUGUGUCUGUGUGUGUGUGCGCACAUGUGUGUGUGGUAUUUCCACUCUAAUGAGAGUGUGCUAGAAGAGGGAGUCUUGUUUCCAUGGUACCAGAUCAUAAAGCUGAGAGGAUGCAGAGUACUUUGCAACACUUGAUGAAUGUGUCUGUUUACCACUGCAUGAUAGUAGUCAUGGCAAGAUGUGUGUGUGUGUGUAUGUAUGUGUGUGUGUGUGUGUGUGUGUGUGUGUGUUUGUGUGUGUGCGUAAAUGUCUAACCUCAAUAUGUCUCCCUCUACCAGUUCAACACCAGGGUGAAUAACACAGCGUGUUUUGACCACCUGGUCCAGGCCAACGUGAGGAAUAAGAAGAUCUUGAAGGAUGCUGUUCAGAACAUCUCUGCUAAAGGCAUCACCAACUAUACCAAGGGAUUUGAGUUUGCCUUCGAACAGCUCUAUGCAGUAAGAGGCCCUAUGCUCUGUUUAGAAGUAUAACACAGUUGUUACAACAUGUGUAUAAUGACAACCCAGCGGAUUUACGUUGAAGUUUCAGGUACAUACUUCAUGUAAAAUAUACAGUGUCAACUGUGAGCUCUGCUCUUUCUGUUAUGAUAGAUUAUGAUCAGACACUGGCCUCUGUUGGUUAUAGCGGGUAUCUCUCUACUUUCUAACCCAGUGACCAACAACCUCCUGGGUGUGUAGGAUUUUACUCCAGUCUUUUACAACCCUGAUUUCAGUCAUCAGCUGCUCAGUAGUACCUUCCUAAGCACAAUCAGGUAUGUUAGGAUUGGCAACCCGUGAUUUCUCUGUGCAGACUAACAUCACUAGAGCCAACUGUAACAAGAUCAUCAUGCUGUUCACUGAUGGAGGAGAGGAGAGAGCGUCGGCCAUACUGCAGAAAUACAACGCUGACAAGAAGGUACUGUGAACACACACUACAAUGUAUAAUCCACUGAGUCGGUGACCCUCAUAGUAGUAAAUAUGAAAGCAGGUCUGAAUGAUGAAGGGAAACAGAGUGAUGGGUUGGUUGGAUAUUGAGGAAGUAUUCUGUGUGCUGAUCCUAUGGUUUAUACAGGUGGAGGCCAGAUGAUCAUUACACUAACCCACACACGCGCAGACACACACACACAGAUCAGUCUCAGUUACUGUCAGUCAUCCCCUGUAGCAGAUAUGAAGUGUGUGAUGACAACUCUGCCAAAGCUAAAGCUGCUCUCUCUGCUCAGCACAUGAAAUGAGACUGAGAGGAUGGGGGGUAGAGAGAGCAUGGUAACACCAUCCUCAGCCCUUCACAAACUAACCCCUGUGUACACUGUAACAGUAGUCCUUCUCACUAGUUACAUUUGAUAUUAUAUGGCCCAUAAUAACCUCUCAGACACAGUACCUACUAUAGUUGUUAACUUUCAUCACACACCUUACGGUUCAAUGUAGAUGUGUCUUUAACCGAUUCACAUGUCUCUGUGUUCUAGGUGCGAAUCUUCACGUUCUCAGUGGGUCAACACAACUAUGAUAAAGGUCCAGUCCAGUGGAUGGCCUGCGCUAAUAAAGGUAGGAUACAAUGUUGUUGUUGUUUGUUUGUACUAAAUAUUAAGCACUGGUAGUGCUGUGUAUCAUUUGAGUUUCCAUAUUGGGUCUGCUUAUGUAGAUAGCUAAGGUCCUGAUCUUAGUCCUUUGUCUGUUUCUCCCAGGAUACUUCUAUGAGAUUCCCUCUAUUGGAGCAAUACGCAUCAACACUCAGGUGAUAAUAAGCAUUCUGCAUGAACGUGUGUGUGUGUGUUUCAUUUAGUUCCAGACAUGUAUGUGGUUUACUUUGUCUUAAAGGUGUGUAUUCGGCGGCACGUAGCCUAGCGGUUAAGAGUGUUGGGCCAGUAACCGAAAGCCGACUAGGUGAAAAAUCUGUCAAUGUGCCCUUGAGCAAGCCACUUAACCCUAAUUGCUCCUGUAAGUCGCUCUGGAUAAGAGUGUAUGCUAAAUGACUAAAAUGUAUUCAAAAGAGUGUAUGUGUGUGUUCUAGGAGUACCUGGAUGUCCUGGGCAGACCCAUGGUUCUAGCUGACCAGCUCGCUAAGCAGGUCCAGUGGACUAAUGUCUACCUCGACGCUCUGGUAUGACAUCACUUCCUCCUAUCCCACAAUGCACCCCACCAAAAUCUACCUCCACAAUGGAGGUUUCUGAAACCCAACAGCGAUUACUUUAAUUUAGCUUUCGUUGUCUGUGUGUGUUAGGAGCUAGGUCUGGUCAUCACAGGAACCCUACCUGUCUUCAACAAGACCAAGUAUAAAGAUGAUUUGGGUAUAGAGGUAAUCCUCACACGCAAGCAGGCACACAAACACACAAUUCUUUCUUCAAAUAAUCCCAUCCCAGCAUUAGACACCAAUAGCCUCUAAGUCAACAUAACUCUUACUGUUCAAUUUUAAAUUAAAAUGUUGAACUUCCUGCAUCUUUCCCUCUCUGUCAGAUUCAGAACCAGUUGAUCCUAGGGGUGAUGGGGAUUGACGUGUCACUAGAUGACAUCAAGAAGCUCACGCCGCGCUUCACUGUGAGUGACACACACACUAACACACCAUAACACUCCUUAUUUUCCUAAUUCAGUCUCAGUGUUAAGUCCUUUUCACACCAACUGCAUUUCGGUCUUUUCAUCCGAAUUCCCAAAAAAUACAGAUUCUGAUUUUGACACACUAAACCAUUCACAACAAGUCCGAUGCACUUUUCCCUCCAGACAGGCUCUGCCAAUUUUAGGAAACUUUCUGAAUGGACAUAGAGAAUUAGCGAACUCAUAAACGCACACCCACCCACUUAAAAGGACCCAUCAAUCAAAGCCGCCUGCAACGUAUCUCACUCAAAAACAUAAGCAAAUCACAUUUCCUCUUUCCCAAAAACGUAAACCUUGCCUUAGAUUCAAAUCCUUUCUGUAGGAUAUCAAAACUAGCCUCCAUUAUAGGAUAAUGCUAAAUCAAUGUAGCUUAUCAUAUAAAUUGAUGAGGAAUGUUUUAAGGGGGAGAUAUAGACAGCUGUGAUAUCGGCUAUAUGAAGAUGAAAUUGACAACCAUUAGAAAAUAGAAGCACACGCACGCAACCUGUCUAUAGCCUAAUGAUCAGCCGUUGAUCAACUUUAGUGAAGCAAUGGGUGGUUAUGUUGACACUACAUUUUAAUUUGAGUGCUUUAUCUAAAUUUGUACAACCACUUAUUGAUAAGGCGGAGAGUUUUUUGUCUCUUCCUUUUAGGGUUGCCUAUAGCACAGGUGGUUGCCUAGAUUCCCUUUAGCAGGCCUAUUAUAUAUAGCUAUAUUAACUUCUAACUUACACAUCUCUCUGUAUACUUCACUGUACCCUUCUUGAGCAAUUCACGCAUCUCUGCUGGCAACUCCACUGGUUUAUCACUUCCCCCUCAUAGCUCUUAAAAGAGCAGCAAUAUAUAGUACCAGUCAAAAGUUUGGACACACCUACUCAUUCAAGGGUUUUUCUUUAUUUUUAUAUUUUUUACAUUGUAGAAUUGUAGUGAAGACAUCAAAACUAUGAAAUAACACAUAUGGAAUCAUGUAGUAACCAAGAAAAUGUUAAACAAAUCAAAAUAUAUUUUAUAUUUGAGAUUCAUCAAAUAGCCACCCUUUGCCUUGAUGCCAGCUUUGCACACUCUUGGCAUUCUCUCAACCAGUUUCACCUGGAAUGCUUUUCCAACAGUCUUGAAGGAGUUCCCACAUAUGCUGAGCACUUGUUGACUGCUUUUUCUUCACUCUGCCAUCCGACUCAUCCCAAACCAUAUCAAUUGGGUUGAGGUGGAGGCCAGGUCAUCUGAUGCAGCACUUCAUCACUCUCCUUCUUGGUAAAAUAGCCCUUACACAGCCUGGAGGUGUGUUGGCUCAUUGUCCUGUUGAAAAACAAAUGAUAGUCCCACUAAGCCCAAACCAGAUGGGAUGGCGUAUCGCUGCAGGAUGCUGUGGUAGCCAUGCUGGUUAAGUGUGCCUUAAAUUCUAAAUAAAUCACAGACAGUGUCACCAGCAAAGCACCCCCACACCAAAACACCUCCUCCUUCAUGCUUUACGGUGGGAACUACACAUGCGUAGAUCAUCCGUUCACCCACACCGGGUCUCACAAUGACACAGCAGUUUGAACCAGAAAUCUCCAAUUUGGACUCCAAACCAAAGGACACAUUUCCACAUUUCCAUUGAAAUGUUCAAGAUUGACUGACCUUCAUGUCUUAAAGAAAUGAUGGACUGCUUAUUUGAGAUGUUCUUGCCAAAAUAUGGACUUGGUCUUUUACCAAAUAGGGCUCUCUUCUGUACACUCCCCCUACCUUGUCACAACACAACUCAUUGGCCCAAACGCAUUAUGAAGGAAAGAAAUUCCACAAAUUAACUUUUAAGAAGGCACACCUGUUAAUUGAAAUGUAUUCCAGGUGAUUACCUCAUGAAGCUGGCUGAGAGAAUGCCAAGAGUGUGCAAAGCUGUCAUCAAGGCAAAGGGGGGCUAUUUGAAGAAUCUCAAAUACAAACUAUAUUUUGAUUUGUUUAACACUUUUUUGGUUACUACAUGAUUCCAUAUGUGUUAUUUCAUAGUUUUGAUGUCUUCACUAUUAUUCUACAAUGUAAAAUUUAAAAAAAAAUAAAGACAAACCUUGAAUGUGUCCAAACUUUUGACUGGUAAUUUGAAAGUUAUUUCAAGCAAUUUUUUUUUACUAAUAAGCCUAGGCCUAUUAGAGGAGAGAAGCAUCGAUCAAUCCUCUUGCUUGCUGAAUGGCUUACCCCAUGUGGGGUCACCUGAUUUGAAAAAGGGGUCUCGAGAGAAACUCUGAAAUAAAAUAAAAAUAAUUGUGCUUGGUUCAUAGAACCGGGGUUACAUUAGUAACCUCCGAUAGCCACUAGAUGCAGUUGUAAUAAACAGAAUGGUUUCUGUUUUCUUCCUACAAAUGUGGCUCUUUCUAUUGAACCGUUUAAGCUACAAAAUAUUAUGACCCCAUCACUGAAAGAUAAGACUCUCAGAGACACAUAUGGCUUCUGUUUCUUUCUUCAAGCUGCGCAGGACUCAUUAGAACAUAGUGGACGAGACCAGGCACAAAAUCAGACUGGAGGAAAAUAACAUCAUCACUAGCUAGGUUUCCAUCCAAUUGGCGACAGAUUUUCAUGCGAAUAUUCUAAAAUAUGCAUAAAGUAAAUAUGCAAUUUUCCCACCAGUGGUGUGUUUCCACCAAAUGGACUUAUUGCAGAUACAAAUCUGUGUGUGAUGAUGUAGUGCACACAGAAUGUACUUUUUCACAUAUGUUUUCAUGCACCAAAUAAAAAUCUAAAGUUCAAUGUGUUUCCAUCGCAUUUUCAGCUCUGUCGCAAAAACUAUUGUGUUAAAUAGCAAAUGUGCCUAUUCUGGUCUUGGCAUGUACGCUAUAGCCAACAGCUUGCAAAUACAGGCUGUGCUGGUAGGCUAGUCUACAUUAUGAGAUUAUUAUGGAUAAUAAUAUUUUUAUUUGUCAAACGGCAGUCAAGCAUCGCUCAUCAUGUCACUAGAAUAAGACCCUUGAAAUGUAUUGGAAAGGAGCAUCAAGGUCACAGUGCACUUUCACCACCCUGUGAAGUGCAUCAUCAUUUAUUUAAUCUGUAGCCUAAUAAAAUGCAUGGUUUCCCGAGUCGUAGUUGGAGGACCACACACCAUAUAAUCUCGUGACUCCAAGUUUACUUUGAUAUGAUGGUUAUUAUAUCAAUAUUUGCGCAUAAAGGCGUUUCCACCACCAUUUCUCGCAUAAUAAAUAUUACAGACACAAAAAGAUCCCAUCAUGUCGAACGAACAAAUUAUCUGUCUGCAUUUAUAAAAUUGUACCGAAAGUCCUGUUUCCAUUACAGCUAUCGUGAUUUUUUUUUAAAAAUACUCCAUAAUACUGUGGAUGGAAACGUGGUUAAUGAUGAUGUUAUUUUCUACACAGAAAAUCAUACAAAAGUAUUGUCUGAUGAUCUUCUGAACUUUCCAAUACCAUUCUUAUGCAGUUCAGUCACUUUACAGUUUUUUCCAACUGCUUACAAACAAAAUCUUUUCAUGUCACACGAUUUUUGAAACCUCUCACUCAAAGUGCAAAACUACACACAACAUCUCCAAAAACAUAAGCUAUUUCUCAGCCUUUGACUCAGUUGUCAAUUGCAUAAAACACUUUUUUCAAAACACUACACACAAUUCUCUACCUAAAACACAAAGAUCUAACAGGAAGUGACUUGCUUUCCUUUUCCAAACACAACCAAUCAAAAUGCUACACUUAUUCACCAGGUCACACACACUCCUCACAUGUGCAAACACUAAUUGCUUAACUGAUCACUAACCAAUCACUGAUUUACUGUAGUAUAGGCCUAUAAAUAGGUCAAAGGUCAGAUUACCUGUUUUGAACAAUGGAUGCCAACAAUGGACAGAGAGCAAGAGGAGUAGGAGGGAGAGGCAGGGGACAACAACAAGGACAAAUUCAAAGACGAAGAGUUGGAAGAGGAGGAGGAGUAAGAGGAAGAGGAAGAGGAAGAAGAGGACAAGGGCAAAGAAGAGAAGGAAGGAGAGCCAUCUCUGAUGAGAUUAGGGCAACAUUUGUUGAUCAUGUGAUCAACCACGGUUUGACCAUGAGAGAGGCUGGACCAACUUGAGUCGAUUUACAGUGGCGUCCAUAAUUCGAACCUUCAUAAAUGAGAACAGGUAUGCAACUAUCUAAUAACUAUUUUAGCAUUACAGUAAUGUACUGUAAAAUACGUAUGACUGCAUAGUAUUGCAUAAACAUUUGUAACUCUAAGCCAUCCAUUUACUGCACUGCAUUGAAUGAAUGAGGUUGGUUAUCAUGCUGUACUAAAUUUUUUUGUACAUUGUUUACAGUUCCUAUGCUGAACACAUACUGUGUUUGAAUUCUGUACAGAGUGGAAAGGCAAAGACAUCAUGGAGGACGAGGACUGCAAUUAUAAAUAUGGUUUUGGCCAACAAUGCAAUUAGGAUCGAGAGAUAAGAGAGCAUAUCUUGAAUAAUGACACCAUAUUUAACAACAUCAAUGCUGUAAGCCUGUCGACCAUACAACGCAUCCUCCAACGGCACCAAGUGACGAUGAAACAACUUUACAAUGUGCCAUUUGAGAGAAACUCUGACAGAGUCAAGAAUCUGUGACAUGACUUUGUAGAGGUAUGUAUGCAACACUACUUCCAGUACUUCAGACAUACCAUAUUUACUCAUCUGUAUAUCCUUUUGUCUGUUACAGAGAGUAUUGGAGAUGGAUGCCCAUGUAAUUCGCCAUGAAUUUAUUUAUGUGGAUGAGGUUGGCUUCAACCUCACCAAAACGGAAGAAAUGUAAUAGGACAGAGGGCAAUUACCAAUGUCCCUGGACAGCGUGGGGGUAAUAUAAUUAUGUGUGCUGUCAUCACUCAAAACGGGGUCCUCCAUCACAAUGCCACACUGGGUCCGUACAACACCGGCCAUAUGCUCACUUUUCUGGAUGCAAUUUACACAAUGCUUGUCCCUGAUCCAGAUCAGGAGCCUGCUAGAUUUGUGGUUAUAUGGGACAAUGUUCAUUUUCACCGGGCUGUUCUGGUCCAAAAUUGGUUUGCCACCCAUCCACAAUUUGUAGUUUUGUACCUACCCCCAUAUUCACCUUUUCUAAAUCCCAUAGAGGAAUUCUUCUCAGCCUGGCGCUGGAAAGUGUAUGAUCGUCAACCCUAUGCCCACAUGCCGCUUCUCCAGGCAAUGGAGGACGCCAUGCUAGGAGAUACUUCCCUCGAUGUUUGGCAAGGGAAAACGUAUCUUGUGAUGUGGACGAAGUAUUGUGGCCAGACCCAGCCCGGAGAAGGGAUGAAGCGUAGCUUAGCACUGGUGACUGCCCCCCCCCCUACCAAUUCCUGGACUGCCCCCCUGGGACCCCACACACACAAUUGUGUUCUUUACUGGAUUCUAAAGAAUGUACUUUUGGUUUACAUAUGUUUAUGGUUUUGUUGUAUGCUACUGUAUACAACAAUGAUGUUUGGCCUAAUAAAUAUUUUCUGUUUCUACAUUGCAUUGGUGUUUACAGUGUACUUGUUACCCCUCUCAGCAGAUUACUUUCACUGUAGAACAUUGUACUGUAAUGUAGAUAUAAGCCUAUGAAAGACCAAAGAGCUUUAGAUUUAGAACAACAGUGUUUACAUGGUAUAUCCAAAAAUUUACUAUUAUGAAAUAAGUGUUUGCCAUUUGAUGCAAAUGCUUCAUUCUGACAUGUGUUUAUGGCAUUUUGAAUGCAGUGUUACAUUUUGAAGGAGAUGUGAGGCAUUUUGCAUUUUGUGUGUGCAUUUCUGGGAAUUGUGUGUAGAGUUUUGAAAAAAGGAGACAUAGUUUUGAAAACGUGUGUAAGCAGUUUGAAAAAACUGUAAACCAUACUUCCUUCAGAUUGUAGUGUCAAAAGUACUGUCAGACUAUGUAAAAUACUGUCAUAUCCUCAAUAAAAAAAGUAAACAUUGGCCAUUGAUUAUAUCAGUUAUGGGAUUGCAAAAACAUUUUCAUAUCAAAUUGGGGUUGUGGGCCAAAAAAGUUUGGGAAUCACUGGGAUACAUCAUUGGCAAUGAACCUGGGAAGUUUGAUGGCGAGAACGACGUUUAUAGCUCUGGUGUGAUGUAAUCACAUUGACUAACUUAAUACGGUGCUGCACUGAUGCAUUGCAAAUGACAAACCAGGCAGAGAAAUUAAUGAACACUACGAACCCACGGACCUGUCAGUGGCAGUUUCCCAGAUAACAAUUUAUAUUGGUCUGCAGCUUAUUUUCGCAUGUGAAAAGACAUAAAUCUAACCUGUUCCUUAUAAAUAAUUGACAGAUUGUGGCGAUAUUUCGCAAUUGGUGUGAAAAGCUUCAUGUGGUCCUCUGUAGCUCAGCUGGUAGAGCACGGCGCUUGUAACGCCAAGGUAGUGGGUUCGAUCCCCGGGACCACCCAUACACAAAAAUGUAUGCACGCAUGACUGUAAGUCGCUUUGGAUAAAAGCGUCUGCUAAAUGGCAUAUUAUUAUAUUAUUAUUAUAAACAAGACGUGCUCUUUUAAUUUUUUUGGUCCGAAUUAUUCGCACGAAAAUAACAGACUUACUCUGACAGCCCUGCCUUCUAUCAUAUGAACUCAAUCAUGUUUAUGAUCGAUACUCAAAUAACCCAGAACAGGGAUGUAGUGAGUAGACAUCCAUGUUCCCUGUAGUAUACAAAAUAUGUUCAACUGUCUCCUGCAACCCUCUCUGUUCCUCCACUCCUCAGAUCGGACCUAAUGGAUAUUAUUUUGCCAUCGACCCCAAUGGAUAUGUGCUGCUACACCCCAACCUCCAACCUAAGGUAUGUACUAUCCCUCUGUCUUCUAUUAUGAUGUUACCACGUCUUACAAUCCCAACUCAUACAGAGUUGACUGAUCAUUCUGAGGUGCUACUAUGAUUGCUGUGGAUCUUAUUCAUGUUCAUAUGAACCCACACAUGAUCGUAGCAGUAUAUCUAACCACAGGCCACCAUAAUGGUCCUGAGCCACCUUUAGAGAAACACAACCGACUGCUCCUCCCUACCUCUUCUAUUCCUCCCCUCUUUCCUCUCCUCCUCUCCUGAUCUCCUCUUCCUCCUCAACACCCGCUGUCCAGGUCUUGACAGGUUGCAGAGGGCCAUGUGUUGCCCAGGCCCGCAGGCACUCUGUUGGGGCUUGUUGUGUUCAGAGGGGGGCCUCUCUGGAUCUGAGGCCUGGGACACAUGUUAACAUCUCAUCCAGCCACAUCCUUAAAACACUAAUCAACAUGGACACACACUCAUGGAUCCAAUCUAUACAUACACACACAGGCACUUAACCCUAACCAAUGCACAGCAUACACAGGGUGUUCGUGUGUAAAGGCGUGCAGCCUCUUCCAGAGGGAACCGUUUCAAAGUGACUGGAGGUCUUGAACAGUGUUGUAUAGGUUUCCCAAGGAGGAACCAUGUGUGUAAGUGUGUCAGUCAGGGUUUGAAACAGGGAGGGGAUCAGAGAUGAAUGCCAUCAGAAGGCCUUGUGACUAAUGUGAUUAUAACCGUGCUGAAAUUUGCUACAGACGCAACCCUUUUGUUGAAGGUUGCAACGGUCAUGGUUUGAGUCCCGCCUGGCCACAUACUGUAUGUGUUAACGUUUAUUCUAUUUAGAUAAUAGUGCCUGGCCAAUGAAUUCAUAUUAUUAUCAAAUAGAGAUGUUGUCUCCCACUGAAAUGCUCCCUGCAUCUCUCUCAUUAUGUAUGUGUUAGAAAAGGAUCCGUAACCGCAAGACAAGACUCAAUAAGCCAUAUGCCAUCACGUUCCAUGAGGUGAGAGAGAGUAGGAUAGAUAGAUAGUAGAUGUACUAUAGUAGAACAUAUUAUAGAUGUAGAUUAGUAGCCCUUAGGGCUGGUCUUGAACUGUUAGAUCAUUGAGUGGAGUGUGUGUGUCCAGUAAAAUCUACUAAAGUGAUGGUACACUAGAAAAUGACUCCUUGGAUCAACCUAAGAAAAUUACUUAAACUGGUUACAAGUAAAUUAGUUAUGUUUUCUCAGUUGAAAAAUACCACAUUUGUUGAAACCAAAUAUAUGAUUCAAUGCCAACCGUUUUAUUUGAUUAUUACCAAACCUAUAUUUUAAGUUGCAACCUAUUUCUUUCAGCACUCAACUUACUUUACCCCUUUGGUUAAACCUAAUAAAUAAUAAAUAACAAAUACAAACUAAUAGUUCAUGUAAAUACAACCCAUGUUUUCAUCUUGUUCCAAGUUAACUUUUUAAUAUGGAAUUACCUAUGGGUUACCCGCAAUGAAAUAAGUUCUCUAUAAAUCAAGAAAUUAUGUUGGUUCAAUAACAUAAAAUUAUGUUUCCGAAAAUAUUCUUUACACAAGUAAGUAGCAACAAUAUCGUAACCAAGCAUUGGAUACCUUAACAUAUAACACUUGACAGGCUCUUUAGUAUCACAUGCACUUAUGCAAGUAUCAUUACAGACACUGGCAAGUUUAAGUUUGAAUAACGAAUACAAUAGACCACAUUAACUGUAAUGACAUUCACUUUCUCGUGUAGACAAAAAUAGCAAACUGAAAGCCACAGCCCAAUAAGCCACGCCUCCAACUCUUCUGAUAGGCUGCCACCGCUAUAUCGCCCCCAUCGCUAUUCAAUGCGCAUGUGCAUGAGGAGUUGAAAGCAUUUUAGAAGCUUUCAUUCAAUUAAAAAAAUCCCAUUGAUCUGUCAUAUUUGUUUUUUAAUUUCAGAUCAAUUGAAUAGAAUAGGUUGAACGAACCAAAGCGUAAUUUUCAAUCAUUCCAAUCAGUGUUUAAUACAUUUAUGUACAGUUUUUUUUUUCUUGAGUCCAACCCCAUUCGAUGCACUAAAUGGAUGUGGGUGGAGCAAUGUCUACAUAAGGGUGCAAAUUACAAACACUCACAUAAGCUCUGACAAAGGCCUUGAGGCCGAUACGUAAAGCUUAAUAAUAAAUAGUGAUUACUAGCAAGAGCAGUGUGCAGGUUUCUCUUUUCCUUCAUGUUAUUCUGUUGUUACCAUGCACCUGCAACAAAGAUAGCUCAGAUGUGCGAGCGCCUUUUUGAAUUUUUAAUCAUUCCAAUCAGUAAAAGCACUGCUGCUGAACAACAGCGUGGUCAGUGUUUUCCUGCUACUGUAGCCUUAGAGCCAUCAUACUCAGUAGGUAGGGGAGGAAUAGAUAAUAAUAGUGAAUAGUUGUUAUUAGAUAGUGUUUCUUGCGUCUAAUCCAUCUGUCAUGUCAGUAUCUAGAAGUUUGGGUGUAUGUGCGCAUGUGUGCGUGCGUGCGUGAGAGAGAGAGAGAGAGAGAGAGAGAGAGAGAGAGUAGACGCAUAUAGAGAGGCGAGAGAGAUCGCGAGCUGAGGAGCAGACGCGAGAGAGAGAUAUUAUCGAGGAUGAUCGAGUAGAGAUGAGAAGAGGCGAAUAGUCAUAGAAGUAGCUUCGCCUAGAAAGCUUGCGGCCAGGGUGUUUACGAAGCGCCCUUGCUAGUACUGCCUACUGAUGUCUUCUCACUGGGACUUGAUGGAUCAAUUCAUGAAACUGUAUGAAUUAAUCUGUGCACUAUUGUCAUGAAUUCCUAUUUAUAUUCACAUCAUACACUUGCUUUAUAAAUCAUGUCCAUAAUCCCUCCGGUACAGUACUGUAAGGCAUUCCAGUGAAAGGGCAUGGUCAAUCUUACUGUGUAUGAUCUGUGUGUGUGUGCAAGCGUGUGUGCAUGUGUGAUCAGAGAAACAGAGGAGUGUGUGAAUAUGGAGGGUGACCUUGGACUCUUUGAACACAUUCUCUCUUUUCUCUCUUGUUCUUGUGUUAUUGUCUGUGUGUGAUUGUGGUUCAAUAGAAAACCCAUUUCAUACUCAUCACACAAAUCCCUCGUUACAUUUGGUGUUGGAUUUUGAUCUCUCUCCCCCACCCACUCACUUUGCAACUCUCUUUCUUGCUUUCUUUCUUUUUUUGCUUUCUUGCUUAUUCUAUUUCUCUGUAUAUUAUACUUUCAUCCUCUCUCCUUCAUUUUUUGUACUGUUUAUUUAAUGUGCUUGUAUUUUCUGUAUCAUCUUAUGGCCUCUAACUAUUAUUUGUAUUUUGUUCCCAUGCUGAGAUCCUCAUCAUCUUCCUCCUCUUUCUCCACUGUUCCAUCUUUCUUUUCUCUCUUCAUCCAAUGUAAGGAUAAUUUAAUCAUCAUCAUCAUUAUCAUCAUCAUCAUCAUCAUCACAGUGUGUGUAUGUAGCUUUUGUGGGAACUAAAUCCAUAUGAACCUUCUAUAAAGUGUAUACAUUCUAAAGGUAGAGCAGUGUUGCUAGGAGCCAGAGUAUCAGGUUCCAUCCAUUUACUGGUGCUUUAACAGAGUAGUUCUGCUGCUACUUUAUAACAUUAUACAGUCUCUGAUACGCACGGAGGAGGGUGUAACUACUGACAUUAAUACAGUCUACAAUUAGUCUGUAUCAAACAUACACACACACACACACACAAAAACUCAAACAGGCACACACACACACACAGACUCAACCAUCAUGCAUGCACGCAACACACACACACACACACACACACACACACACACAAGCUGGAGUAUUCCGGUCAGUUGGUUCUCAGCUGUAUAAACUAGGCUCUUUGUCUGAAUGUACAGUAUAUACUGUAAAACGCGACAGGGUAAGGAGCAGAGUUGUACUCUAUGGCCUGAAGCCAUGCUAAGAACCCAUGACUGAAAAAUAUACAUCACACAGUGUACUGCAGAGUUUCCCAACUGGCGGCUGUGAUUUUGUUUGGCCUCCCAAGUUUUAUGAGCAAGUUUUUUGUUGUUGAAUUUUCAUUGGCAUAUGAAAGACUGUAAGAACACCAGGAAAACAGCUCAAAGUGAUUUUAAUUUAAGAAAUCUGUUCACAAGUAUUCCCACGCAAAAAAAGAGACACAUGAUCGUAUACAAAUGUAAGCAAGGUUUGAAGUUAUUAUGUUUUAGUCAAACAUUAUAUCUGUUUGGGCUUCUUGCGGUCAAUUUGCAGUCUCCAAAUUAUUUGUAAUUAUGUUCCGGUCCGCCGACCAUCCGCUCAAGAAAAAAAUCAGCCCGCGGCUGAAUCUAGUUGAUGAUCCCUGGUCUACUGCGUUUCAACUCACUGUAACAACUCAACAUGCUUCAGGGGGACCGAUAUCAAACAAGGUCAUGCUAUUGAAUAUACAAGCAUAAGUUUCUACAAUAACCCAAUGUUUCUUUCCAUAGUUAUACUGUAUUCACUGGCUUGUAAAUAUUGAAUUCAUUUAUUUAUGGGUACUGUGUGUGUGUGUGUGCGUGCGUGUGCGCGUGUGUGUAUCGUGGUAACUCAUCCACCAGACUAAACACUCACCUCUCCUCAGAACCCUAAAUUCCAGGAGCCUGUCACUCUGGACUUCCUCGAUGCUGAACUGGAGAACGACAUCAAAGUCCAGGUAAACACACACACAGGUGUUAGUUGUGUCCUGUCUCCUACUAAAGCUCACUGAGUGUGAUUUAUACAGUGACUGGCUAUAAAUGAGAGGACAUGUUUACAGAAGCAGUGGAUACCCCAUCUCUGUCUGUCUCUCCCUCUCCUUUCAUCCUGCUUCUUUCAUAUACACUGCAAGAGGGAAGUUCAGCAUAUGUAUGUGCUACCAAUCUCCUGGUAUUCCCCUCUUUCUCUCUCACUAUUGUACAGAUGUGCACUGUGUUUUAGAGAGAGAACGGUAGAGAGAUCAGACCCUCUCUCACACAACAACACACCAUGCAUGAGCGAAGGAGAGAGAGAAAAGAGAGAGAUAAGAGAGAGAGCGAGAGGAGAGAGAGAGAGAGAGAAGCGAGAGAGAUAGAGAGGCGAGAUCUCUCUCUCUCGGCUGGAUAGCGAGAGCGAGAGAGAGAGAGGCGAGCGAUCUCUCUCUCUCUCUAUCUCGAGCUCUCUCGAGAUAAGCGCUCGAUCUAUCUGCUAUUAGUCCUCUCUCUCUCUCUCUCGCUCUCUCUCUCUAUAGAUCAGGAGAAUGAUGAUAGAUGGGAACCCAGGUGAAGAGACCAUAGAUACUCUAGUUAAAACUCAGGAUGAGGUGAGAUCAGCACAAAUGAAAGAUACAUUGUUAUUAAUACUCACUUACACAUCUCCUAGUGACAUCAGUGCAUGAUUAAGGAGGAAGUGAGUUAUUUGUAGUUUACGAUUUAGGAUUAUGACUGUUUUAACACUUCUGUGUCUGUGUAUGUACAUUUGUGUGUGUGUGUGUGUGUGUGUGUGUGUGUGUGUGUGUUCUCUGACAGAGGUACAUCGACAGAGGAGUAAGAACUUACACCUGGGCUCAGGUCAAUGGAACAGACUACAGGUAAGCAAGAGGACUGAGAGAUGUUGACCCAGUCCAGAAACAACCUUUAACCCCUAGCUUUAUCCCCUAGAAACUUGUAGUGAUCUGAAAGGAUUGGAUAGCUUGCUGUAACGUUACAGUGGUCUCAGAUCUCUACUUCAUGAAUACGAUCAGUUCAGGCCAGUAGGGGGCACUCUCUGUCCCUCUCCAUCACAGUAAAACCCAUUUCUCAACCACUGAAUUGUGUUUAAAUGCAGAUGUUCAGUGUUCUGUCACCUUGUGGAUGGAACAAGUUUUUCCAAGCUUCGCCCUCAGUGUGUCAAUAGAGAAAGGACAGGGUCCUGUAUAAUGACAAUACCUUUAUUUCCCCAGCUUGGCUCUGGUCCUGCCUACCUACAGUGAACACUACAUACAGGCAAAACUGGGAGACACCAUCAGACAGGCCAUGGGUGAGAACACACUCACACCCAGGCACACAGCCACAAAACAAACACGCCACAACGACUCUGCUCACUCAGAUCAGUGAGUUUUGCCAAUAUUCCUCCUUUAUAGUGUGGCCACAUGGUCCAGUCAGCUGAAGUCUCUCUCUCUCUCCCUCCACCCUACUCUCCCUCUCCAUCACCCUUUCCCAGAUCACAUACUUCCCCUCCCUCCCUCCUCCCUCCCUCCCUCCCUCCCUCCCUCCCUCCCUCCCUCCCUCCCUCCCUCCAUCAGCUCUGAUGCACCCCACCCCCUCUCCUUGUUCCUUCUCUCCCUCUGUCCCCUCUUUUUUUCCAUCUCUUGUUCCUCUGUUCCCUUUCUUUGAAUCUGAGGGCAGAGGAGGCAUGUUACCUUACACAGCCUGACUGUUCUCCAGGGCUUUCCUCUAGACUUAAUCUGUCUUCACCUCUUUCUCUACCCAGACCUGGUUUAUCACUACUCAUAGUGGCUUUAUCACAUGGUUCCUGUACUGUACCUCUGAUGUACAAGAUAAAUCCACCUCUACAAACUAUCCAACUCUCUGUUGACUUUAAUGUUCCCCUCAUGUCCUCUCUCUAUCUGCCCCUUAAUGGGAUCCGUACAGCUCCAUGGGGCAAGUACUCUAUUUUCUGGUGUAAACUCACUUUUCAUUAUCUGUCCUCCAGUCUCUGCAUGAUCAUGUGUAUGUGUUUGCAUGAUGAAGUAUAUUAAUUCUACACGGUGACAGAGCGAAACAAAAGGAGGUAAAACGAGAUGGAAGGAAAGAAGGGAAAAUGAAUGACAAAUCUAUAGUGAUAGAGAGUAAAAGAGAGAAGAGCUGAGGUCCAUGUGAUUCCUACCAUGCCCAGUCCUUAGAGGAGAUGUCCCACAAUCUGCCUGUCAUGUUUUACAUGCUAUUAAAAUUAUUUGAUUAUGCUCCAGAUAGUCAUGAACCUUUUGAUACUGAACCAUCAGUAAACGGUUUCACAGACUGCUGGCAUGACUGUUUCAAUUUAAUGGACGUUUUUCUCAUGAUGUCUUCUUUUAAGAGAUUGAUUGAUUGACAUUGAUGUCUUUACGAGUAUAGGAACUCUAUUUGAAAGAACAUAGUGAAAUCCAAAGCCAAAGCCUGUCACAUGGAAUAACAGGAGAGACAGAUACUGUGCUGGAGUAACUGUGGAUGUACUAUACGUUAUUGCAUGGUAGCACCUCUCAGUUUGGAUAGUGUGGUUGUUUUAGAUCAGAUUUCCAUUCUUUUAAGACUUCUGAUAUUGGUGUAACAUGAAUUUGAUAAGACAUCUGAAAUCCCAAUGGUUCUGUUUUCUCUCUAUUUCUCUGUCUCCCUCUCUCUACUCCCCCCCCCCCCCCCCCCCCCCAUCUCUCUCUCUUUCUCUCCCGCUCCCUCUCUCUCGCGCUCUGCUGAAACUACAGGGCAAAAGGGCAAGUAUUCUUCUUCCCCUCAUCUGCUUGUUCCAUCACUUCAGUUUCACUCCACACCUUUUCUUCCUGUCUACCCGGCACCUCAUACAGUUGAAGUCGGAAGUUUACAUAAACUUAGGUUGGAGUCAUUAAAACUUGUUUUUCAACCACUCCACAAAUUUCUUGUUAACAAACUAUAGUUUUGGCAAGUCGAUUAGGACAUCUACUUUGUGCAUGACACAAGUAAUUUUUCCAACAAUUGUUUACAGACAGAUUAUUUCACUUAUAAUUCACUGUAUCACAAUUCCAGUGGGUCAGAAGUUUACAUACACUAAGUUGACUGUGCCUUUAAACAGCUUGGAAAAUUCCUGAAAAUGAUGUCAUGGCUUUAGAAGCUUCUGAUAGGCUAAUUGACAUCAUUUGAGUCAAUUGGAGGUGUACCUGUGGAUGUAUUUCAAGGCCUACCUUCAAACUAAGUGCCUCUUUGCUUGACAUCAUGGGAAAAUCAAAAGAAAUCAGCCAAGACCUCAGAAAAAAAAUUGUAGACCUCCACAAGUCUGGUUCAUCCUUGGGAGCAAUUUCCAAACGCCUAAAGGUACCACGUUCAUAUGUACAAACAAUAGUCCGCAAGUAUAAACACCAUGGGACCACGCAGCCAUCAUACCGCUCAGGAAGGAGACGCGUUCUGUCUCCUAGAGAUGAACAUACUUUGGUGCAAAAAGUGCAAAUCAAUCCCAGAACAACAGCAAAGGACCUUGUGAAGAUGCUGGAGGAAACAGGUACAAGUAUCUAUAUCCACAGUAAAACAAGUAUUUUAUCGACAUAACCUGAAAGGCCGCUCAGCAAGGAAGAAGCCACUGCUCCAAAACCGCCAUUAAAAAGGCAGAUUACGGUUUGCAACUGCACAUGAGGACAGAAAUCGUACUUUUUGGAGAAAUGUCCUCUGGUCUGAUGAAACAAUAGUAGAACUGUUUGGCCAUAAUGACCAUCGUUAUGUUUGGAGGAAAAAGGGGGUUGCUUGCAAGCCGAAGAACACCAUCCCAACCGUGAAGCACGGGGGUGGCAGCAUCAUGCUGUGGGGGUGCUUUGCUGCAGGAGGGACUGGUGCACUUCACAAAAUAGAUGGCAUCAUGAGGAAGGAAAAGUAUGUGGAUAUAUUGAAGCAACAUCUCAAGACAUCAGUCAGGAAGUUAAAGCUUGGUCGCAAAUGGGUCUUCCAAAUGGACAAUGACCCCAAGCAUAUUUCCAAAGUUGUGGCAAAAUGGCUUAAGGACAACAAAGUCAAGGUAUUGGAGUGGCCAUCACAAAGCCCUGACCUCAAUCCUAUAGAACAUUUGUGGGCAGAACUGAAAAAGUGUGUGCGAGCAAGGAGGCCUACAAACCUGACUCAGUUACACCAGCUCUGUCAGGAGGAAUGGGCCAAAAUUCACCCAACGUAUUGUGAGAAGCUUGUGGAAGGCUACCCGAAAUGUUUGACCCAAGUUAAACAAUUUAAAGGCAAUGCUACCAAAUACUAAUUGAGUGUAUGUAAACUUCUGACCCACUGGGAAUGUGAUGAAAGAAAUAAAAGCUGAAAUAAAUCAUUCUCUCUACUAUUAUUCUGACAUUUCACAUUCUUAAAAUAAAGUGGUGAUCCUAACUGACCUAAGACAGGGAAUGUUUAGGAUUAAAUGUCAGGAAUUGUGAAAAACUGAGUUUAAAUGUAUUUGGCUAAGGUGUAUGUAAACUUCCGACUUCAACUGUGUGUGUGUGUAUGUGUGUGUGUGUGUGCGCAUGCACGUGUGUGUGUGUGUAUGUGUGACACACAUUGACCUGUCACCACUCUGAUCAGACUGUGGUUGAUAUGAACCAGGACUAUAUCAGUGAGUUAAAGGAUAGCCCUGUUCUAGAUAAGGCCUGACAGUGACAGUCAGCAGAGUGCACUGGCCUAACAGCCAUAACAAGUCAUGCUGACAGACUAGUGGCAAUACCAAGCUUUAAAGAUGGAUAGGACUUUGUCUCCAUAAUCACUGUCUCUCUUUCUGUCAUGUCUUGUUUCACUCAUUCAUCUUUCAGUUCUUCUUUCCAUAAUGAUCAGUCUGAUAUGUAGUAUAGGCCAUGAGUGUGUUGAGAUUCUAAGGUUCCAUAGUGUGUGUAAGGUUCUAAAGAUGUCUCUCUAUUCUCUUCAGCCAUGGAUACUCUGCAGGUGGAGAUGUUUGAUGAGUUGGGCUACACCUUCAUCGCCCCCAGGUGAGUGGCUACAGCAGCACAUUUGAAUCUCCUCCACCCUCCUCCAUUUAGAACCAUUGUUACUCCAGAAGUGUACUUACAGCUAGGAGUAGCUGGUUAUUCCACAGCUUUUGCCAGCAUUGAGGAGCACGGAGUAGCAUUAGGGAGAAGUUAUAAAAGGAGUAUAAUGUUGUACAGAUGUUGAAUUUGAGAUGUAAUGUAGCUAAUAUACAGUAUCUGCUAUUUCUGUAGGGAGUACUGCAAAGGCCUGAAGGACAACGACAACAACACCCAGUUCCUCCUGGACUUCAACCAGUUCAUUGACAGGAACACACUGGAAGAGCCAUGUUAGUUACCAUGCCUGUUUAACACUCGCAGGCACGCAUACAACCCACACACACACACACACACACACACACACACACACACACACCUCCAUCCAUCUCUCCAUCUCCUCUGCCUGUUGUAUUCAAAAGGCAGUCAAGGUCAAAAAGAAGCUCUAGAUCAAUACAGUCAUUACUAGGCAGUAUACCCACCCAGGGGGAGGAGUUAGUGGGGGGGAGUCAGGAGGGUUUCUCACCGCUGUGAUGUUAUGGUGUUCCAUAGCCCUGGGAAGGUCAGAGAGAGGCAUUAGAUGUUUGAUUAGUCUGGUCUGGCCAGGAAUGACAUCAACCUUAUCAAAUGUGGUAGGCAUUCGAUUAGUGUAGUCUGGCCAGGGGGUGAUGUCAUCCUGAUCGACUGAGCUUCUAGAACCUGAUGUUGUCAUGCUACUAUGUGACUCACAACCUCUAUAGUGGUCAUAAUCUAAUGGGUAUCAGCUACUGGAGAUCCCAUCAACUUCCUCAGCGUCAGCUAAUGGAUCGCAAUGUCCUCUGUGUUGUCUAAGCAAGCUCAAGCCAUCUUAACUUAUAUGUGUCAUCCUUGCAGUUUGCCAAGGGGUUUACUGUGGAAGAUACUUCAGUAACAAUGUCUUCCUCUCUAGGUAAUGUGACUCUGGUCAGUAGGCUGCUGUUGGACGCUGGGUUGACCGCUGAUCUGGUCAAACUGUGGAAGGAGCAGACAUUGUGAGUGCCACACACAAACUCACACACACUGCCCAUCAUGCAUCAUCUACAUGUACGCAUUGAGAAUCAGUUACGUGAAUUAAAUAGACAGUCAGUCUAUUCCCCAUCUUGUUGAUGUCUUAUUGGAGAAACACCAGGCAGCUAGUACUGCUAUAGGCUAAUGUCUAGGUCUGUUGCUGUGAGAGUCUUGUGUUUUACCAAUAAAGUAUGAUGAAAGAAAGACACAGGACCAGCCAUGCCAAGCUAUGCCAAGACUUAGUGUGUUCUGAAGACACCACAGUAAUUACAUCAACAUGCGUUCAUCACGCCAUACACACACAUGCUCACAUAAACAGGAACAAUUUACUGAACAAAGAACUCUAUUCAGAAUUAGGACAUAAAGAGAAGUGACUCUCUGGGAAUACAACAAUUUGUUUUCAAAGGUUCUGGACACAGUGAUGUGUAGGCCUCUCUGUAGGCCUCUCCAAGACACACACUGUUCAGAUGGACUAGUGAUUUUUCCUGGGAGAGAGAUAUGUGCUUCAAAGACAGUGGAAUAUUUAGCUCAUGCCUCUCUGAUUGGUAUAGAUGGUCCCUGAGCAUCUGUUAUAUAUAUAUGGUAAAUGGGUCAAUGGGGUCAAUGGUUCCAUUGAACAGAUUGGUACACAUUCAACAAAUCAGAUUUUAACAAAUGGAUAUUCGUCAAAUCCGUCAUGAUUUACAGUAUGUAUUGUAACAAACCCACAAUGUGGUUACUUAAGUUUUAUUUGGAUAUUUGGCUGUUUUCGCUGCAUAACAUUUAGAAGUUGUCCCUUUUCAGGUUUAGAAGAAGUGACUGCUAAAUGCUAACUCCCGUUCGUAUAAGCUGGUUAGCAUAGCUAGUAUACAGAAAUCAGUGGUGGUAGUCAGUCAAUUUUGAACUGUAAUGCAGUUGAUUGGUUAAGAUGACAUGAACGUGUUGAGGUUGACAUCCAUACAAGCAUUAUAGUAAUUUUACCUCAACAUAGUGUGAAAUACACAUAUAAACAAUAGCCUAAAUGUAGGUUAAUUUUGCUGGGGGGCAAUGGGGAGAUUGGGGAUCUUUCCCCCACUGCCAUUUCCCCCACACGUUUCCAUGGUAAUUCCAUUGUUUUGGUCGAGUUCUAUUUAUGUUUUGGUCGUGUUCUUUCUGUUCCCAGGGGUGGGAUUCUGGCUAGGUUUGUAGCCACUGAUGGAGGGAUCACCAGAGUCUAUCCAAGAAGGUAUGCUCAGAUUUCUCCUUCCCAGUUAGUUAGAUUAGCCCGCUCCCAUACUGUAGGUGCUGUGGCCAACUCCUAUUGUAAGAAGCCAUGACAACGGACUAAUACAGGUAGGAGUUGGCUAAUGCACAAGCUAUUUUAAAGUGUAUAAUGGUUUGGCUUGGAUAUGAUACUGUUUUACUUCCCAACCUGUUCUGCUGGCUCAUUUCACAUUUCAUGGAGAGUUGGUUCUCCCAAAUCACCUACUGCCCAUUAGCCCACAAUAUGGUUCACAUACACUGGAGAUGUGCUCAGUACAGAUGGACUCUUUCUAUUCCCCUCUCUAUGUCUCUCUCUGUCUCUCUCUGUCUCUCUCUCUGUCUCUCUCGCUGUCUCUCGCUGUCUCUCUGUCUCUCUCUUUCUCUCUCUCUUUAUAUUUCUUUCUUUAUCUCUCUCUCUCUUCUCUCUGUCUGAAAAUCUUUAUCAUUAGAAUGUAUAUCAUCUAGAUGUCAAAUGGGACCAGAGUUCCUUACAAAUCAGUCUUGUUGAUUGUUAAGAGUACAUCAGUUUGUACUAGGUUUGUAGAUACAAUUUGAGGUUUUCAGCAUCUUUCUGUGAUUUAUUUACAAAGGAAAUGUUGAACAUUAGUUGAGAAUAUCUGAAUUUAGGUGGGUGAUCUUAGUAAAAAGGUUUAUCUUAUAUUUAUAUAUCUAACAUGCAAUUUAACUUUCACAUCACCAGUUAGAAAACAACUUUGCAUAGAGCUUUUUAUGACUGGCUUCAAUGGAGUUAUUAUUGCAUGUGAAGAAAAUAUGUAAAAAUAAGUUCAUAAAAAACAUACAUAUUUGUUCUUUAUCUCUGGACCAAUUCCAUGUCAUUUUUCCAGUGCGUUGGGUGUGACUGUUAUUUUGAUCAAAGUGUAGCCUUACAUUUGAAUAAAAUCUUUUAAACAUCUGUGUCUUAAAAAUGUGCUUGUGUGUAUGCGUGUACAUGUGUGUGCGUUCGUGUGUGUUUCAGUGCUGGGGAGGAGUGGACAGAGAAUGCUGAGACCUAUGACUCAAGUUUCUACAAGAGGACUCUGGAUAACGACAUCUAUAUUUUCACCGCGCCAUACUUCAACAGUAGGUUAACACAUACACACCAAACACACACAAACACAUAGGGAUCCAACGGUGUCCCCUCCUCAAUGUGGUCUGCCAGCAAACCUCUCUGGGGACAAACGGCUUGCUCUACUGGCUGAGACCAGAGAUGAGAAGCCCUCUAGUCCCCCCUCUCUCUGCUCCCGCUCAUCUGUCUAUCCAUCCCCCUCUUCUAUCCAUCCCCUUUCUCUUCCCUCUCUCUCUACUCACAAUUUUUGAUAUACUUCUUUCUUUAACUCUCUCUCUGCUACUUUCCACUCCCCCUCUCUAUAUGUCCCCGUAGUAUUACAGUACUCUAUAGACCAGAUCUCUUAGUUAAAGAAGCCCAGUCUCCCCUCAGUAUAACAUUCCGUUUUUCACUCAUACUAUACUGCAGUAUGUACUCAUACUGCAAAGCCACACAUACUUUAUUAACAUUUAUCCAGUUACAUCAGACCAAACAAACAAAGAUUAUAUUUAUCAAACAUGAUUCUUACCAAGCCUCACACAAUUACUGUCAUUGUCAAACAAAUGUCACUGUAUGUGAAUGUGUUGAAACUCUUUCCUCUGCUCUCCCUCCCUCUUCCUCCUUCUCUCUCUGUUGCAGAGAGCAGGGAGUCAGGUUAUGAGUCAGGUAUUCUGGUGAGCAAGGCUGUAGACCUCAACAUAGAUGGAGUCAACCUCAAACCAGCUGGUGAGUGGACAAUACUGUCCCCAUUACCUUAUGAAAUCAAAUCAAAUCAAACUUUAUUUGUCACAUGCGCCGAAUACAACAGGUGUAGACCUUACAGUGAAAUGCUUACUUACAAGCCCUUAACCAACAAUGCAGUUCAAGAAAGAGUUAAGAAAAUAUUUACCAAAUAAACUAAAGUAAAAAAUAAUGAAAAGUAACACAAUAAAAUAACAAUAACGAGGCUAUAUACAGGUUGUAGCGGUACCAAGUCAAUGUGCGGGGGUACAGGUUAGUUGAGGUAAUUUGUACAUGUAGAUAGGGGUAAAGUAGAUAAUAGACAGCGGGUAGCAGUAGUGUAAAAUAAUGUAAAUAGACCGGGUGGCCAUUUGAUUAAUUGUUCAGCAGUCUUAUGGCUUGGGGGUAGAAGCUGUUAAGGAGCCUUUUGGUCCUAGACUUGGUGCUCCGGUAUCGCUUGCUGUGUGGUAGCAGAGAGAACAGUCUAUGACUUGGAUGACUGGAGUCUUUGACAAUUCUUUGGGCUUUCCUCUGACACCGCCUAUUAUAUAGGUCCUGGAUGGCAGGAAGCUUGGCCCCAGGGAUGUACUGGGCUGUGCGCACUACCCUCUGUAGUGCCUUAUAGUCAGAUGAUGAGCAGUUGCCAUACCAGGCGGUGAUGCAACCGGUCAGGAUGCUCUCGAUGGUUCAGCUGUAGAACUUUUUGCGGAUCUGGGGACCCAUGCCAAAUAUUUUCAGUCUCCUGAGGGGAAAAGGUGUUGUCGUGCCCUCUUCACGACUGUCUUGGUGUGUUUGGACCAUGACAGUUCGUUGGUGAUGUGGACACCAAGGAACUUGAAACUCUCGACCCGCUCCACUACAGCCCCAUCGAUGUUAAUGGGGGCCUGUUCAGCCCGCCUUUUCCUGUAGUCCACGAUCAGCUCCUUUGUCUUGCUCACAUUGAGGGAGAGGUUGUUGUCCUGGCACCACACUGCCAGGUCUCUGACCUCCUCCCUAUAGGCUGUCUCAUUGUUGUCGGUGAUCAGGCCUACCACUGUUGUGUUGUCAGCAAACCUAAUGAUGGUGUUGGAGUCGUGUUUGGCCACGCAGUCAUAGGUGAACAGGGAGUACAGGAAGGGACUAAGCACGCACCGCUGAGGGGCCCCAGUGUUGAGGAUCAGCGUUGCAGACGUGUUGUUGCCUACCCUUACCACCUGGGGGCAGCCAGUCAGGAAGUCCAGGAUCCAGUUGCAGAGGGAGGUGUUUAGUUCCAGGGUCCUUAGCUUAGUGAUGAGCUUUGUGGGCACUAUGGUGUUGAACGCUGAGCUGUAGUCAAUGAACAGCAUUCUCACUUAGGUGUUCCUUUUGUCCAGGUGGGAAAGGGCAGUGUGGAUUGCGAUUGAGAUUGCGUUAUCUGUGGAUCUGUUGGGGCAGUAUGCAAAUUGGAGUGGGUCUAGGGUUUCCGGGAUGAUGGUGUUGAUGUGAGCCAUGACCAGCCUUUCAAAGCACUUCAUGGAUACCGACGUGAGUGCUAUGGGGCGGUAGUCAUUUAGGCAGGUUACCUUCGCUUUCUUGGGCACAGGGACUAUGGUGGUCUGCUUGAAACAUGUAGGUAUUACAUCCUGGUAAUCCGUCUGGCCAUGUGAAUGUUGACCUGUGUAAAGGUCUUGCUCACAUCGGCUACGGAAAGCGUUAUCACACAGUCGUCCAGAACAGCUGGUGCUCUCAUGCAUGCUUCAGUGUUGCUUGCCUCGAAGCUAGUAUAAAAGGCAUUUCGCUCGUCUGAUAGGCUCGCGUCACUGGGCAACUCACGGCUGGGUUUCCCUUUGUAGUCUAUAAUAGUUUUCAAGCCCUGCCACAUCUGACGAACGUGUUUAGUAGGAUUCAAUCGUAAUCCUGUAUUGACGCUUUGCCUGGUUGAUGGUUCGUCUGAGGGCGUAGCAGGAUUCCUUUUAAGCAUCCGGAUUAGUCUCCCGUUCCUUGAAAGCGGCAGCUCUAGCCUUUAGCUCGAUGCGGAUGUUGCCUGUAAUCCAUGGCUUAUGGUUGGGAUAUGUACGUAUGGUCAACGUGGAGACAACGUCGUCGAUGCACUUAUUGAUGAAGCCGAUGACUAAGGUGGUAUACUCCUCAAUGCCAUUGGAUGAAUCCCGAAACAUAUUCCCGUCUGUGCUAGCAAAAUAGUCCUGUAGCGUAGCAUCCGAGUCAUCUGACCACUUCCGUAUUGAGCAAGUCACUAGUACUUCCUGCUUUAGUUUUUGCUUGUAAGCAGGAAUCAGGAGGAUAGCAUUAUGGUCAGAUUUGCCAAAUGGAGGGCGAGAGAGAGCUUUGUAUGCGUCUCUGUGUGUGGAGUAAAGGUGGUCUAGAGUUUUUUUUCCUCGGGUUGCACAUGUGACAUGCUGGUAGAAAUGAGGUAAAACAAAUUUAAGUUUGCCUGCAUUAAAGUCCCCGGCCACUAGGAGCGCCGCUUCUGGAUGAGCAUUUUGUUGUUUGCUAAUGGCCUUAUACAGCUCGUUGAGUGCGGUCUUAGUGCCAGCAUCGGUUUGUGGUGGUAAAUAGACAGCUACGAAUAAUAUAGAUGAGAACUGGGUGCUUAGUUGUUGCAGUGGGUACUUCUGAAGUAAAACUGACAGCUUGGAGAAUUAGAUAAAACAUCCAUCGAUCAUUCUCUGAAGGGCUAUUCAAUAAAAAAGUGUUUCUGAAUAUGUUUUUGUGUUGUUUUAAUGUCUUGUAGUGGUGGGAGUGAAACUGAACGUCUCUGCCUGGAUGAACAGCUUCAUGAACGCCACCAUCAAAGUCAACGUAAGGGAAACACUUUUCCCCAUAGUUAAGAAACUAGCACAGUGAGGGAAAAAAGUAUUUGAUCCCCUGUUGAUUUUGUACGUUUGCCCACUGACAAAGACAUGAUCAGUCUAUAAUUUUAAUGGUAGGUUUAUUUGAACAGUGAGAGACAGAAUAACAACAAAAAAAUCCAAAAACACGCACGUCAAAAAUGUUAUUAAUUGAUUUGCAUUUUAAUGAGGGAAAUAAGUAUUUGACCCCUCUGCAAAACAUGACUUAGUACUUGGUGGUACUUUUUAUUUUUAUUAUAUUAUUUGUAUUUAAAAAAAAAAAAAUAUCACUUUUUUCAUUUUUUGGGGGGGGGAAUGGAUCAGCUUAAUAUUGCAGAUAGAUUGUAUCUUCUAUCAAUGUAAUUGUCUGCAUCACUUCCAAUCCCCCAUGUUUUAUUUUUAUUUUUUAUAUAUAUAUUCCCCUUUAUUACUUUUCAACCCCACCAUCCUUUCCCUACUUGGAGUAAAUUAGUGAACAACAACGCCCAGGCCUCUACUUCCGGUCUAUACUUACUAUCUACACCUUAUGAACAGAGUUAAUUUUACAAUAAUUCUAUAUAUAUAUAUAUAUAUGUAUAUAUUUUUUUGCUCCUGAACUUCUUCUACUCUCAACCUCUCCGAUCAUUUUCAUGAUGUCCAUCCGGUUUGCUUCUAAAUGCCAUAUCUUUCUAACUGUGCUCUUUCCCAAAAGCUCCCAACAUACAACCUAUAUACUUAUUAUGGACACAGUAUGCUUACAUUAUUAGCUAUCUUUGUUAUUAUUUGUUGUUAUUUGUUAUUAGUCCCAUCCUUCAACUCUAUGCAAUACCUCCCAUCUAUCUCUUAACACCAUCCAUAUAGGAUUUCUAUUUGCCAUAUAUAUUUCAACCGUACUGUGAUGUUUUACAAAAGUUCUGAACCUUUCUAUUCUCAUUGCUUCUACAGAUUGUGAAUUAAAAAUAAACAUUUUUGCUAAAAGUAUUAUUAUAUUAUUGAUUGAUUGACUAUGACUUUUCAGAUCACCCAGUAAUGCUAUCUGCAAGGUUAGUUCCAGGUAAAUAUUGCAAUCCUUUAGCCAUUCCUGGACCUGUGUCCAAAAACAAGCUACAAAUGGACAGAACCAAAACAAAUGAUCUAAUGAUUCUGUCUCUUCACAGCAAAAUCUGCAGAGCUGGGAAGAUUGUAUCCCCCAUAUAAAUAACAUUCUAUUGGUAGCAAGAAUUUUAUAUAAUAAUUUAAAUUGAAAGAUUCUAAUUUUUGAAUCCGGUGUCGUUUUGCGUGUCAGUUCAUAAACACUAUGCCAUGGGAUCGGUACGUCAAAGAUCUCUUCCCAACUAUUUUGCAAUCUAUAUGGGACGGCUGUCAAUCCUUUGGUCCUUAAGUGAAACUGAUAUACUUUUUUAUUUAUCACAGUUUUCCUUAACCAAUUAUGUUCUUUAAUGCAAGGCCGACAGACAAGUUCCUUACUUUCUCCCCUUCAACUUUCCUCUUCCACUUUUGCGGUAAGGCUGCAAUUAUUUGGUUGUAAUUUUGGGUAGAGCAGACAUUUCCAUAUGUUUUUGUUAGCUGCAUGUGCGACAUAACUCCACCAGUCCUACCGAUGAUAUCAUUUACGAAGAUUAUACCUUUUUUAAACAUUCUGUCAAAAAAUAAAGGUUUUUUGUCAAUUAGUAUAUUUGAAUUUAACCACAAUAUUUGUUGCAUUAUUUGUUCUGUCGUUUCUGGAGGUCAGACGUUUCUUGUAGUUGGCCACCAGGUUUGCACACAUCUCAGGAGGGAGUUGAGUUGAUGGCAAAGAGCUCGAUUUUGGUCUAAUCUGACCACAACACUUUCACCCAGUUCUCCUCUGAAUCAUUCAGAUGUUAAUUGGCAAACUUCAGACGGGCCUGUAUAUGUGCUUACUUGAGCAGGAGGACCUUGCGGGCGCUGCAGGAUUUCAGUCCUUCACGGCGUCGUGUAUUACCAAUUGUUUUCUUGGUGACAAUGGUCCCAGCUGCCUUCAGAUCAUUGACAAGAUCCUCCCGUGUAGUUCUGGGCUGAUUCUUCACCGUUCUCAUGACCAUUGCAACUCCACGAGGUGAAAUCUUGCAUGGAGCCCCAGGCCGAGGCAGAUUGACAGUUAUUUUGUGUUUCUUCCAUUUGCGAAUAAUCGAAUAAUCGCACUAACUGUUGUCACCUUCUCACCAAGCUGCUUGGCGAUGGUCUUGUAGCCCAUUCCAGCCUUGUGUAGGUCUACAAUCUUGUCCCUAACAUCCUUGGAGAGCUCUUUGGUCUUGGCCAUGGUGGAGAGUUUGGAAUCUGAUUGAUUGAUUACUUGUGUGGACUCCCUUUAAGAGUGUGCUCCUAAUCUCAGCUCGUUACCUUUAUAAAAGACACCUGGGAGCCAGAAAUCUUUCUGAUUGAGAGGGGGUCAAAUACUUAUUUCCCUCAUUAAAAUGCAAAUCAAUUUAUAACAUUUUUGACAUGCGUUUUUCUGGAUUUUUUUGUUGUUAUUCUGUCUCUCACUGUUCAAAUAAACCUACCAUUAAAAUUAUAGACUGAUCAUUUCUUUGUCACUGGGCAAAUGUACAAAAUCAGCAGCAAAUACUUUUUUCCCUCACUGUAUUGUGUUUGCUCAACAAGUGACCCUGUGUUCUGAUGUGUUUGCAGUGCAAGGAUGAAAUCUGUGGCUGUCUGAAGAAUGAUAAGGUACUAUGGCCUAUCUUACUUAUGAAAAAUAUUUUGAAAUGUUGAUAAUGUUCUAUACUGACUGAUUUUCUCUCUCUCUGCAGCACGUUGACUGUGUAAUCCUGGAUGAUGGAGGCUUCCUGCUGAUGUCCAAUCAGGAUGAGUAUAUCACUCAGGUGAGUCUCCAUCAGCCAAUCAGCUUGUUCUGUCACAGACAUGUAUGUUUGUCCUACCAGAGCAGGGUCAACAUUCUGUCUGGCUAUAGGACGGUUUCCCAGACCUAGAUUAAGCCUUGUCCUGGACUAAAAACAUGCUCAAUGGAGAGGAUUAGCCUUAAUCUGUCUCCAGGAAACUGGCCCUUAUAGAAUCUGUUGAACUGAUCUGGAUGUGCUUUUAGCCAACUCCUCUGACUAUCAUGAUAAGAUAUGAUUUUAUUUUAUUUUAUUGUCCUCUGCGUCUCUAACACUCAUUAAUACCAAUGCCAUAUCAUAUUUGGCAUGACAACAAACAAGUCUCUAAAGCACAGGUCUAAGAGAAAAUGGCUCAAUGGCAUCUACAGUAUGCUGCAGUUAGUAGAACAUGCAUCCAUAGUCCUAAAGCCAAGACACUCCUGUUGGAAUGAGUACUAAAAGGUGUUCAUUGGUUUGGCUGGCCACCAGAUCUCUUCUCCUGUUCCUCUCUCCAUCUGACCUGGAUGACUCCAAUCCAUCACUCACUUACAUAGGUCAUAUAUACGCCUUAUGACAUGAUUAUGACAUGGGUAUGGCAUAGUUCUGAGCCCCUUGUGUCCUGUUAGAGUUUGUUUGACACCUCCUGUAGCACAGAAGUCUGCUUCUCCAGCAGAGUAAAUAGUUACAUUUAAGUCAUUUAGCAGACGCUCUUAUCCAGAGCGACUUACAGUUAGUGAAUGCAUACAUGUUUUUGUUUUCAUACUGGCCCCCCGUGGGAAACGAACCCACAUCCCUGCCGGCCAAACCCUCCCCUACCUUGGACGACGCUGGACUAAUUGUGCGCCGCCCAUGGGUCUCCCGGUCACGGCCGGCUACGACAGAGCCUGGACUCGAACCAGGAUCUCUAGUGGCACAGCUAGCACUGCGAUGCAGUGCCUUAGACCACUGCGCCACUCGGGAGUACAGUCUCUGGAACAGUAUCAGAGAGAGCGAGAAAGGGAGAGGUUCCCACUCUGUUAUGCUAACCCCUAUUAAAGAGAGAGUUCACCCCUGUAUCAAAGUUGGACAGAUGUUUUCAUACAUUUCAUGUGGUCUAAAGUCAUGCUGAAUCUGCUUUAUAUAUCCUACUGUACUCCUUAGGAGAAUCCUGCAGGCCUCAAUCCAAAUGAAUGGAAUAUCUUGGCUCUACUGAGUUACAUUGGAUUAGGUAGUGCCAAUCCUCCACCAUUCAUUUUGGAUCAAAGGCUUUCUAAUGCAUAGAGCAGGCAUCCAUUUUGUGUCUUUGGUUGUUGAAUGCUUCUCUAGUGUCUGUGGGGUGUGUUGAGUACAACCUUGUCCCCAGUGUGUAUAGAUAAGUCAGUUCUUUAUGAAUAAAUAUGUAGGUGUGGUAGUUGAACGCAGCUCUCUCUGUUUGCUGUAUACAGAUUGGUCAGUUCUUCGGGGAGGUGGACUCAGUCGUGAUGAUCAGUCUGGUCAACACGUCUCUGUACUCCUUCAACAAGACUUACGACUACCAGUCAGUCUGCGACCCUGAGAGAGACAGCAAGGCUGCUGCAGGGCCACGAUCUGUCUAUGUGGUGAGACACACACAGCACACACACAUAUAUAAAUGCAUUAUUUUACUUUGGUUACCUCUUAUGUUACAUAAACAGUGCAUUCGGAAAGUAUUCAGACCCCUUGACUUUUUCCACAUUUUGUUACGUUACAGCCUUAUUCUAAAAUUGAUUAAAUUGUUUUUCUCCCCCUCAUCAAUCUACACACAAUACCCCAUUAUGACAAAGCAAAACCAGGAUUCUAUAAAUGUUAGCACAUUUAUAAAAAAAUAACCCGGAAAUAUCACAUUUACAUAAGUAUUCAGACCCUUUACUCAGUACUUUACACAGCCUCGAAUCCUCUUGGGUAUGACGCUACACACAUGGCACACUUGUAUUUGGGGAAUUUCUCCCAUUCUUCUCUUCAGAUCCUCUCAAGCUCUGUCAGGUUGGAUGGGGAGCAUUGCUGCACAGCUGUUUUCAGGUCUCUCCAAAGAUGUUCGAUCGGGUUCAAGUCCGGGCUCUGGCUGGGCCACUCAAAGACAUUCAGAGACUUGUCCCGAAGCCAUUCCUGCGUUGUCUUGGCUGUGUGCUUAGGGUCGUUGCCCUGUUGGAAGGUGAACCUUUGCCAGAGUCUGAGGUCCUGAGCGCUCUGGAGCAGGUUUUCAUCAAGGAUCUCUCUGUACUUUGCUCCGUUCCAUCUUUCCCUCGAUCCUGACUAGUCUCCCAGUCCCUGCCGCUGAAAAACAUUCCCACAGCAUGAUGAUGCCACCACCAUGCUUCACCGUAGGGAUGUUGCCAGGUUUCCUCCAGACGUGACGCUUGGCAUUUAGGCCAAAGAGUUCAAUCUUAGUUUCAUCAGAUCAGAGAAUCUUGUUUCUCAUGGUCUGAGAGUAUUUAGGUGCCUUUAGGCAAACUCCAAGUGGGCUGUCAUGUGCCUUUUAAUGAGGAGUGGCUUCCGUCUGGCCACUCUACCAUAAAGGCCUGAUUGGUGGAGUGCUGCAGAGAUGGUUGUCCUUCUGGAAGGUUCUCCCAUCUCCACAGAAGAGCUCUGGAGCUCUGUCAGAGUGACCAUCGGGUUCUUGGUCACCUCCCCGACCAAGGCCCUUCUCCCCCGAUUGCUCAGUUUGCCGGGCGGCCAGCUCUAGGAAGAGUCUUGGUGGUUCUACAUUUCUUCCAUUUAAGAAUGAUGGAGGCCACUGUGUUCUUGGGGACCUUCAAUGCUGCAGAAAUGUUUUGGUACCCUUCCCCAGAUCUGUGCCUUGACACAAUCCUGUCUCGGAGCUCUACGGACAAUUCCUUCGACCUCAUGGCUUGGUUUUUGCUCUGACAUACACUGUCAACUGUGGGACCUUAUAUAGACAGGUGUGUGCCUUUCCAAAUCAUAUCCAAACAAUUGAAUUUACCACAGGUGGACUCCAAUCAAGUUGUAGAAACAUUUCAAGGAUGAUCAAUGGAAACAGGAUGUACCUGAGCAAAAUUUCGAGUCUCAUAGCGAAGGUCUGAAUACUUAUGAAAUAAGGUAUUUUCGUUUUUAUUUACAUUUGCAAACAUUUCUAAAAACCUGUUUUCGCUUUGUCAUUAUGGGGUAUUGUGUGUAGAUUGAUGAUGACAUUUAUUUUAUUUAAUCAAUUUUAGAAUAAGGCUGUAACGUAACAAAAUGUGGAAAAGUCAAGGGGUCUGAAAACUUUCUGAAGGCACUGUAUGCGUAUAUUUUGUCCAUAUGUUGUGAAUUGUGCCCUCAAAGCUCCUCUCCUCUCUACUCUCCAGCCCACUGUAGCAGACAUGCUGAGUAUAGGCUGGUGGGCCUCCACUGCUGCCUGGUGAGUUAAUGGGCUGGUUACUGUAACUACUGUUUAUAUAUGGUCUGCUGUUUAGACCAACAGUAAUGUGUUUGUUUGUCACUGUAGGUCAAUAAUACAGCAGCUCUUUUACGGUCUCAUAUUCCCCAACUUCCUAGAGGCAGGUGAGUGUUAGGGUACAGUAUAUUGGAUGUAAUUAUGUGAUUCCACAACAGUGAAUUUAUAGUUAUAAAGGUACAAUAUGUUUGUUGUCGCUAAAAUGGCUGUUAAUAUAGAGUAAAUAUCAUUGGGCUUUGGUGUAGUUAUUUGGAGGAGUUGUAAUCACAGAUGUGUUUUGUUUGCUUGUUUGUUGAUUUGUGUUUUUGGUUGUAUGGUGACAGUAGUGGAUUUUCUCUCUCUCUCCCUCCCUCUUUCUCUCUCUCUUUCUUUCUAAUUUUUUCUCCCUCCCUCUAUCUCUCUCUCUUCCUUUCUAAUUUUUCUCUUUCUUUCUUUCUUUCUUUCUUUCUUUCUUUCUUUCUUUCUUUCUUUCUUUCUUUCUUUCUUUCUUUCUUUCUUUCUUUCUUUCUUUCUUUCUUUCUUUCUUUCUUUCUUUCUUUCUUUCUUUCUUUCUUUCUCUCUCUCUCUCUCUCUCUCUCUCUCUCUCUCUAGCGGACUCAGAUGAGGACAUGUCAGCUAACAUGUUUAAGGAGAGCUGUAUCACAGAGCAGACUCAGUACUUCUUCGACAACGAAGAGAGAUCCUACUCAGGAGUCCUUGACUGUGGAAACUGCUCCAGGUGUGUGUUUGUGUGUGUGUGUGUGAUAUAAGGGAGAUUCCCCUUCCUGUCUCCUUCCUGGAUAGUUGUAGAUCCAGAAUGGGGUCAAUUUCCUGCCCUCCUCUGUGUUUUCCAGCUCUUUCCAGGCAGCUGCUGUCAGCUGGGCUCUGAUCAGACACACAUUACAUUGAUCUUUCAGAAGCUGAACACACAGAGGGAAACAAUGUUUACUGCGAGCCCUCUCCCAACCUUUUCCCAUGUUUAUGUGCUGCAACUCACACGUGGUGUGGGGGCUGAAUGUGGGUAGAAAUGCAGUAGGUAUAUGAGCCCCAUGCGGCUGACGUUUUUCUCCUCAAUAUUAAUGACUAAAGACAUGUAAACUUUAACGAGCACCAUAAAGAAAGAGCUAUUCCACAGACGAGAGGAGAGGGUUGCUUCAUGUGUGUGAUUUAGUGUUGGCUGUUUGUUCGUCUGAACCACAUAUACACUACAUGAUCACAAGUAUGUGGACACCUGCUCAUCGAACAUCUCCUUCCAAAAUCAUAGGCAUUAUUGUGGAGUUGGUCCCCCCUUUGCUGCUAUAACAGCCUUCACUCUUCUGUGAAGGCUUUCCACUAGAUGUUGGAACAUUGCUGCGGGGACUUGCCACAACAGCAUUAGUGAGGUCGGGCACUGAUGUUGGGCGAUUAGGCCUGGCUCGCAGUCGGCGUUCCAAUUCAUCCCAAAGGUAUUUGAUGGGGUUGAGGUCAGGGCUCUGUGCAGGCCAGUCAAGUUCUUCCACACCGAUCUCUACAAACCAUUUCUGUAUGGACCUCGCUUUGUGCACAGGGGCAUUGUCAUGCUGAAACAGGAAAGGGCCUUCCUCAAACUGUUGUCGCAAAGGGGCUCUGUGCAGGCCAGUCAAUUUCUUCCACACCAAUCUCAACAAACCAUUUCUGUAUGGACCUCGCUUUGUCCAUGGGGGGCAUUGUCAUGCUGAAACAGGAAAGGCCCUUCCCCAAACUGUUGCCACAAAGGGGCUCUGUGCAGGUCCGCAACCCACUUUGGGACGCGACCCAUACUUUAAGAAAGGCUGGCCUAGAAUGUCAUUGUCUGCUGUAGUGUUAAGAUUUCCCUUCACUGGAACUAAGGGGCCUAGCCCAAAGCAUGAAGAACAGACCCAGACCAUUAUUCCUCCUCCACCAAGCUUUACAGUAGGCACUAUGCAUUCGGCAGGUAGCGUUCUCCUGGCAUCCGCCAAACCCAGAUUUGUCCAUCGGACUGCCAGAUGGUGAAGCAUGAUUCAUUACUCUAGAGAAUGUGUUUCCACUGCUCCAGAGUUCAAUAGUGGCGAGCUUUACACAACUCCAGCCGACGCUUGGCAUUGCACAUGGUGAUCUUAGGCUUGUGUGUGGCUGCUCGGCCAUGGAAACCCAUUUCAUGAAGCUCCCGACGAACAGUUAUUGUGCUGACGUUGCUUCCAGAGGCAGUUUGGAACUCGGUAUUGAGUGUUGCAUCCGAAGACAGACAAUUUUUACGCGCUACACACUUCAGCACUCAGCGGUCCUGUUCUGUGAGCUUGUGUGGCCUACCAUUUCGCGGCUGAGCCAUUGUUGCUCCGAGACGUUUCCACUUCACAAUAACAGCACUUACAGUUAACCGGGGCAGCUCUAGCAGGGCAUACAUUUGAUGACCUGACUAGUUGAAAAGGUGGCAUCCUAUGACGGUACCAUGUUAAAAGUCACUGAGCUCUUCAGUAAGGCCAUUCUACUGCCAAUGUUUGUCUAUGGAGAUUGCAUGGCUGUGUGCUCUAUUUUAUACACCUGUCAGCAACGGGUGUGGCUGAAAUAGCCGAAUCCACUAUUUUGAUGGAGUGUCCACAUACUUUUGUAUAUACAGUGGCUUGAGAAAGUAUUCACCCCCUAUGGCAUUUUUCCUAUUUUGUUGCCUUACAACCUGGAAGUAAAAUUGAUUUUUGGGGGGUUUGUAUCAUUUGAUUUACACAACAUGCCUACCACUUUGAAGAUGCAAAAUAUUUUUUGGGGUGAAACAAACAAGAAAAAAGACAAAAAAACUGAAAACUUGAGCGUUCAUAACUAUUCACCCCCCCCCCCCCCCCAAAGUCAAUACUUUGUAGAGCCACCUUUUGCAGCAAUUACAGCUGCAAGUAUUUUGGGGUAUGUGUCUAUAAGCUUGGCACAUCUAGCCACUGGGAUUUGUCCCCAUUCUUCAAGGCAAAACUGCUUCCUUCAAGUUGGAUGGGUUCCGUUGGUGUACAGCAAUCUUUAAGUCAUACCACAGAUUCUCAAUUGGAUUGAGGUCUGGUCUUUGACUAGGCCAUUCCAAGACAUUUCAAUGUUUCCCCUUAAACCAUUCGAGUGUUGCUUUAGCAGUAUGCUUAGGGUCAUUGUCCUGCUGGGAGGUGAACCACCGUCCCAGUCUCAAACUCUGGAAGACUGAAACCGGUUUUCCUCAAGAAUUUCCCUGUAUUUAGCGCAAUCCAUCAUUCCUUCAAUUCUGACCAGUUUCCCAGUCCCUGCCGAUGAAAAACAUCCCAACAGCAUGAUGCUGCCAUCACCAUGCUUCACUGUGGGGAUGGUGUUCUCGGGGUGAUGAGUGGUGUUGGGUUUGCGCCAGAUAUAGCGUUUUCCUUGAUGGCCAAAAAGCUCAAUUUUAUUCUCAUCUGACCAGAGUACCUUCUUCCAUAUGUUUGGGGAGUCCCACACAUGGCUUUUGGCGAACACCAAACAUGUUUGCUUAUUUCUUUCCUUAAGCAAUGGCUUUUUUCUGGCCACUCUUCCGUAAAGGCCAGCUCUGUGGAGUGUACGGCUUAAAGUGGUCCUAUGGACAGAUAAUCCUAUCUCCGCUGUGGAGCUUUGCAGCUCCUUCAGGGUUAUCUUUGGUCUCUUUGUUGCCUCUCUGAUUAAUGCCCUCCUUGCCUGGUCCGUGAGUUUUGGUGGGCGGCCCUCUCUUGGCAGGUUUGUUGUGAAGCCAUAUUCUUUAAAAAAAUUUAUAAUGGAUUUAAUGGUGCUCCGUGGGAUGUUCAAAGUUUCAGAUAUUUUUUUAUAACCCAACCCUAAUCUGUACUUCUCCACAACUUUGUCCCUGACCUGUUUGGAGAGCUCCUUGGUCUUCCUGGUGCCGCUUGCUUGGUGGUGCCCCUUGCUUUGUGGUGUUGCAGACUCUGGGGCCUUUCAGAACAGGUGUAUACAGUGGGGAGAACAAGUAUUUGAUACACUGACGAUUUUGCAGGUUUUCCUACUUGCAAAGCAUGUAGAGGUCUGUACAUUUUAUCAUAGGUACACUUCAACUGUGAGAGACGGAAUCUAAAACAAAAAUCCAGAAAAUCACAUUGUAUGAUUUUUAAGUAAUUAAUUUGCAUUUUAUUGCAUGACAUAAGUAUUUGAUACAUCAGAAAAGCAGAACUUAAUAUUUGGUACAGAAACCUUUGUUUGCAAUUACAGAGAUCAUACGUUUCCUGCAGGUCUUGACCAGGUUUGUACACACUGCAGCAGGGAUUUUGGCCCACUCCUCCAUACAGACCUUCUCCAGAUCCUUCAGGUUUCGGGGCUGUCGCUGGGCAAUACGGACUUUCAGCUCCCUCCAAAGAUGUUCUAUUGGGUUCAGGUCUGGAGACUGGCUAGGCCACUCCAGGACCUUGAGAUGCUUCUUACGGAGCCACUCCUUAGUUGCCCUGGCUGUGUGUUUCGGGUCAUUGUCAUGCUGGAAGCCCCAGCCACGACCCAUCUUCAAUGCUCUUACUGAGGGAAGGAGGUUGUUGGCCAAGAUCUCGCAAUACAUGGCCCCAUCCAUCCUCCCCUCAAUACGGUGCAGUCGUCCUGUCCCCUUUGCAGAAAAGCAUCCCCAAAGAAUGAUGUUUCCACCUCCAUGCUUCACGGUUGAGAUGGUGUUCUUGGGGUUGUACUCAUCCUUCUUCUUCCUCCAAACACGGCGAGUGGAGUUUAGACCAAAAAGCUAUAUUUUUGUCUCAUCAGACCACAUGACCUUCUCCCAUUCCUCCUCUGGAUCAUGCAGAUGGUCAUUGGCAAACUUCAGACGGGCCUGGACAUGCGCUGGCUUGAGUAGGGGGACCUUGCGUGUGCUGCAGGAUUUUAAUCCAUGACGGCGUAGUGUGUUACUAAUUGUUUUCUUUGAGACUGUGGUCCCAGCUCUCUUCAGGUCAUUGACCAGGUCCUGCCAUGUAGUUCUAGGCUGAUCCCUCACCUUCCUCAUGAUCAUUGAUGACCCACGAGGUGAGAUCUUGCAUGGAGCCCCAGACCGAUGGUGAUUGACCGUCAUCUUGAACUUCUUCCAUUUUCUAAUAAUUGCGCCAACAGUUGUUGCCUUCUCACCAAGCUGCUUGCCUAUUGUCCUGUAGCCCAUCCCAGCCUUGUGCAGGUCUACAAUUAUAUCCCUGAUGUCCUUACACAGCUCUCUAGUUUUGGCCAUUGUGAAGAGGUUGGAGUCUGUUUGAUUGAGUGUGUGGACAGGUGUCUUUUAUACAGGUAACGAGUUCAAACAGGUGCAGUUAAUACAGGUAAUGAGUGGAGAACAGGAGGGCUUCUUAAAGAAAAACCAACAGGUCUGUGAGAACCGGAAUUCUUACUGGUUGGUAGGUGAUCAAAUACUUAUGUCAUGCAAUAAAAUGCAAAUUAAUUACUUAAAAAUCAUAGAAUGUGAUUUUCUGGAUUUUUGUUUUAGAUUCCGUCUCUCACAGUUGAAGUGUACCUAUGAUAAAAAUGACAGACCUCUACAUGCUUUGUAAGUAGGAAAACCUGCAAAAUCGGCAGUGUUUCAAAUACUUGUUCUCCCCACUGUAUAUACUGAGAUCAUGUGACAGAUCAUGUGACACUUGGAUUGCACACAGGUGGACUUUAUUUAACUAAUUAUGUGACUUCUGAAGGUAAUUGGUUGCACCAGAUCUUAUUUAGGGGCUUCAUAGCAAAGGGGGUGAAUACAUAUGCACGCACAACUUUUCCAUAAUUUAUUUUUUAGAAUUUUUUGAAACAAGUUAUUUUUUUCAUUUCACUUUACCAAUUUGGACUAUUUUGUGUAUGUCCAUUAUAUGAAAUCCAAAUAAAAAUCCAUUUAAAUUACAGCAACAUUACAUGCAACAAAAUAGGAAAAGCGCCAAGGGGGAUAAAUACUUUUGCAAGGCACUGUAUAGUGUAUAUCACCACGGUAGCCCAUAUGUGUGAUGCCGCGGGCGGCAGGAACGAGCAGCGUUUAUGGUUUACUCUCAUCUGAGGCAGAUAAAGAGCAUGUUGUGUGAAAGCUUUGUUAGUCUGUUGGGAGUGUUUUUCCAUUUGUGUUUGGGUUGGAAUAUGGUGGAGCCUCUUCCAUCUCUCUUGUAAUAAUAGUGAAUUCCAUUGAAAGAAUAAUAUGACAUUCCAAUGGAAGGGAAGUGUUCUCUCAUUUGUGAAGUGUUUACAUGGUUAGCAUUCCCCUCCUCUCCUCUCUCCUCUUCCUCUCCUCGCCUGUCCUCUCCUCUCCCACCUCUCUCUCCUCUCCUCUCCUCUCCUCUCAUCCUUUCAUGAUGCAUAAUGCUGAGUAGCUUACUAACACAUUGUGUGUGUGUGUGUUUCAGGAUGUAUCGAGCUGAGAAGCUGCCCAAAACUAACCUGGUGUUUCUGAUCACUGAUGCCAAGGCCACCUGUCUGUCUUGUGACCCCAGACCACUACGACAGGCUGAGCAACCCUGUAUCCUUCGACACACACACACACACACACACACACACACACACACACACACACCACAUACAAACCUCUACAUUAGACAAUCCGUAACACAAGCUCAGCAGCGCUGUAUCUCUCUACAUGUUGUUACCAUUAUCAACAUAAUACCAAGCCUUUGUAUUGAAACCACAUGGUUAUAGAUAAGUAGUACACAUCAUCCAUUUGCAGGACACAUGGUAGUCCAAUUGUAUUAAUUUAGUCAGUAUUACUGCUGGAGUGAAAAACUCUAGUCAUGUUUAGUCAAGUCUAAAGCUGUGUAUGAAUGGAACAUCUGGAGCCCACAUUGAAUCACUGUAAAGUGUGUGUGUGUGUGUGUGUGUGUGUGUGUGUGUGUGUGUGUGUGUGUGUGUGUGUGUGUGUGUGUGUGUGUAUACGAGACAUAUGUGUCUGGGGAUUUAGCUUCCUGCUGGUGUAACAGUAAAAGUGUCAUUGUCAGAGGUCAGAGAGGGGUCAAACCAGAGGCCUGUAGUUUAUUACCGCUCAAUAUGCUGAUAAUGAGGACUAAACACACACACACAGCGAGAUAAGCUAUAAAAUGUACACACUCCCACUAUUGCAAACCAUUUACAGUGGGGAAAAAAAGUAUUUAGUCAGCCACCAAUUGUGCAUGUUCUCCCACUUAAAAAGAUGAGAGAGGCCUGUAAUUUUCAUCAUAAUUCAUCAACUAUGACAGACAAAAUGAGAUUUUAUUUUUUCAGAAAAUCACAUUGUAGGAUUUUUUAUGAAUUUAUUUGCAAAUUAUGGUGGAAAAUAAGUAUUUGGUCAAUAACAAAAGUUUCUCAAUACUUUGUUAUAUACCCUUUGUUGGCAAUGACACAGAUCAAACGUUUUCUGUAAGUCUUCACAAGGUAUUCACACACUGUUGCUGGUAUUUUGGCCCAUUCCUCCAUGCAGAUCUCCUCUAGAGUAGUGAUGUUUUGGGGCUGUCGCUGGGCAACACGGACUUUCAACUCCCUCCAAAGAUUUUCUAUGGGGUUGAGAUCUGGAGACUGGCUAGGCCACUCCAGGACCUUGAAAUGCUUCUUAAGAAGCCACUCCUUCGUUGCCCGGGCGGUGUGUUUGGGAUCAUUGUCAUGCUUAAAGACCCAGCCACGUUUCAUCUUCAAUGCCCUUGCUGAUGGAAGGAGGUUUUCACUCAAAAUCUCACGAUACAUGGCCCCAUUCAUUCUUUCCUUUACACAGAUCAGUCGUCUUGGUCCCUUUGCAGAAAACCAGCCCCAAAGCAUGAUGUUUCCAACCCCAUGCUUCACAGUAGGUAUGGUGUUCUUUGGAUGCAACUCAGCAUUCUUUGUCCUCCAAACACGACGAGUUGAGUUUUUACCAAAAAGUUUUAUUUUGGUUUCAUCUGACCAUAUGACAUUCUCCCAAUCCUCUUCUGGAUCAUCCAAAUGCACUUUAGCAAACUUCAGACGGGCCUGGACAUGUACUGGCUUAAGCAGCGGGACACGUCUUCCACUGCAGGAUAUGAGUCCCUGGCGGCGUAGUGUGUUACUGAUGGUAGGCUUUGUUACUUUGGUCCCAGCUCUCUGCAGGUCAUUCACUAGGUCCCCCCGUGUGGUUCUGGGAUUUUUGCUCACCCUUCUUGUGAUCAUUUUGACCCCACGGGGUGAGAUCUUGCGUGGAGCCCCAGAUCGAGGGAGAUUAUCAGUGGUCUUGUAUGUCUUCCAUUUCCUAAUAAUUGCUCCCACAGUUGAUUUCUUCAAACCAAGCUGCUUACCUAUUGCAGAUUCAGUCUUCCCAGCCUGGUGCAGGUCUACAAUUUUGUUUCUGGUGUCCUUUGACAGCUCUUUGGUCUUGGCCAUAGUGAAGUUUGGAGUGUGACUGUUUGAGGUUGUGGACAGGUGUCUUUUAUACUGAUAACAAGUUCAAACAGGUGCCAUUAAUACAGGUAACGAGUGGAGGACAGAGGAGCCUCUUAAAGAAGAAGUUACAGGUCUGUGAGAGCCAGAAAUCUUGCUUGUUUGUAGGUGACCAAAUACUUAUUUUCCACCAUAAUUUGCAAAUAAAUUCAUUAAAAAUCCUACAAUGUGAUUUUCUGGAUUUUUUUCCCUCAAUUUGUCUGUCAUAGUUGACGUGUACCUAUGAUGAAAAUUACAGGCCUCUCUCAUCUUUUUAAGUGGGAGAACUUGCACAAUUGGUGGCUGACUAAAUACUUUUUUUCCCCACUGUAUCAGCAAGAGAGUCUGUCCAAUCACAGUGUCAUGUUCAAUCAUGGUGAUGAUACAGUAUGUCUUAUGUAGUUGUUAAUGGGUAAUACUCUGCCACAGACAGGGUGAUAUGUCUGAGUUUGUAAGGGAGAGUGUUAAAGGUGUGAGAUGUUAGAGAUCUACAGUAUGUUUGACCAAGAUGUGUCAGUAUUUAAGAUCAGAGUGUGUGUAUUGUACUUAUAGUAGGUGUGAGUUUGUUAGUAUUUCCUUAGUGUGUGUGCAGCCCAAGGUCCAGACCCCUGUGAGCUGGCUCAGAACCCCAGAUACAGGAAAGGACCUGACGUGUGUUUCGACAACAACAUAAACGUAAGUCACAAAUACUUAAUGUUUUGUAUCUUUCUCUAUCUCUCUAUAUCUGUCCCUCUAUCUCUCUAUCCUUCUCUCUAUCUCUUGGUUUGAAUGUUCUUCAUUACCUGAUUGCAUGAAUUAGUUUGUAUCUAUUUUACAUAUAUAUUUUGCUCUCAGGGAUCUUUUUUGUUCAAACAAAUGAACUGGUUGCUUGCAUGACAGGUCUUCUCAUGUUCAUUCUCUCAUCUUUCUGAUAUAUUUCAUUAAGUUAUAUUAUCCUGCAUUUUUGCAGCCUUUAUACUGACUUUCAUUAACUGGCACUAACUGUCAUUUCGUAUUUUAGCAUGAAAUCCUCAUUCUCAUCUUUUACAUUUUUUCUUUCUCCUUGUCUCUUCUUCUAUUUCCAAUUUCCAUCCUUCAUUUUGCAUCUCCAUUGGCUGCUGCUCAUGUCUGUCAUGGUAGGACGAGCCCCUGUGUCCAAUCAGCGGUGUCUCUGGUCUGAGUCCCAUCCCCUUCCUCCUAUUGCUGCAGGUGUUGAUGCUGGGCCCAGGGUCAGUGUCCUUCAAUCAAAUCAAAUCAAAUCAAAUUUUAUUUGUCACAUGCGGCGAAUACACCUUACAGUGAAAUGCUUACUUACAAGCCCUUAACCAACAAUGCAGUUUUAAGAAAAAUAAGUGUUAAGUAAAAAAUAGAUAACUAAAAAAUAACAGUAGCAAGGCUAUAUACAGGGGGUACCGGUACAGAGUCAAUGUGUGGGGGCACAGGUUAGUCGAGGUAAUUGAGGUAAUAUGUACAUGUAGGUAGAGUUAAAUUGACUGAACUGAGACCUGUGUCACUCCAUCACUCUUGAUAGUCAGGCCUUACACACAUCAACUACUAACUCAACUGAAACCUGCUGUGAGAGUGUGAUUUGAAGGAGUCUGGCGCAGGAGGGUAAAUCACCGAAUACAGAGUUUAUUCCUUAGUACGCAGUUACGCUGGAUAGCGUCAACAGCACAGGGCGUCAUACAGGCGCACUGGAAUACAAUACAGGCACACGGGGAGAAAUAACCCCGGCAAUACAAAGUACGGGUAGCUCAACCGAGCUACACUCAUCUUCACAUAAAACAAUCACUCACAAGGACAAGGGGGCAGAGGGAACACUUAUACACGGACUAAUGAGGGGAUAUGAACCAGGUCUGUGUAAUUGACAAGACAAGACAAAUGGAAUGAUGAUAUAUGGAGCGGCAGUGGCUAGUCAGCUGGUGACGACGAACGCCGAAACCUGCCCGAACAAGGAGGGGAGGCAGCCUCGGCAGAAGUCGUGACACCUGCUAAUAAUCAGCCCUUACACAUAGCCACUACUAGCUAUGUGGUAUCAAUGACUACCUGGCUUCUAGUACUUCCAUCAAAUACGUAAACACACUUGGAUAAUCCCAGAACAAAAGAAAGGCAUCUACCACUUGAUCAUGUAAUUCUACACCAGGUGAAUAGUGUACUGUUGGGUAAAGUGGAUGUGAAUGGAAUGUGAUUGAUGGUGAGAAGGCUGUUACUGUGAAUGGAAUGUGAUUGAUGGUGAGAAGGCUGUUACUGUGAAUGGAAUGUGAUUGAUGGUGAGAAGGCUGUUACUGUGAAUGGAAUGUGAUUGAUGGUGAGAAGGCUGUUACUGUGAAUGUGACAUCAUCUCCUACUCUGAAAAAUACUGACAUCACUCAUGUAAAUAUUUAACAUACCCCACAGUAUUUCCCUUGCCUAUUCUGACACACAGUCUUUGUACUGCCCGUAAUAGACCUGUCACACACACGCAGGCCGGUAGCGAUGUUUAGGGUGGCCUGGGAAUGUAAGGUACAGGUAUUGUACAGCGGCAGUAGAUACUCAGAGUGAAAGUAGGACAAAGCCCUCUCCCCCCAGCUGAACUAUGGAAAUUUCUCUGCAGUCUAUAUUCCCUCUAGUAAAUAGAGGAAGCAACAGAUGGGUUUCCUGCCUUUGACGAUGUGCUGUACUGUACGACACACAUACACACACGCACAUACACACAAAUAUACACACACACACCAAGGCCAAGGGCAUGCACAGAUUUCCUGAACACUGACAUCAAACAGGAGGAGGACACACACACAUACACUGACAUUUCUAUAAUAUUGCACACUCCUGAACGCAGCCCGUUUAAUCUGUUAUUUGCAACAUAAUCUAGUUUGAAUUAUCUGAUUGGCUGCCUGUCUGAUUAACAUUUGUUGUGUCCAACAGGAGGAUGAUUCUGACUGUGGGGGCGGGACCUCUCUAAGCCCCUCCCUCUGGCCCAUGUUGGGGCUCCAACUACUGCUGAUGUGGCUCCUCACUGGCCCCCGACACUCAUGA